GAGGCAGCGGCCCAGGGCCAACAUGGCGGAAGGUAUGCGCGAUGCGGGCGGCGGCGGCGGCAAUGCCAGCUGCACCUUGAGGAGCGGGAGGGUUUUUCCCCCCCACCUCAGGCGGUUUUUCUGUGGGGCGGAGCGCUUAGCUAACAGUGGUUUUGGUGCUGCUGGGUUGGUGCGGGGUGGGGGCAGAUUGAAACCAGCUUGGAGGGCGGGGGGGGGAGUGCUUGGGCGUGCCUCGUUUAUUUGUGUUAGUAUUUUAUUUAACUCUAUUCCCUCCCGAGGAGAUCGAGGCAGGAAAGGUGGACCUUCUCCCCACCCCCGUCUUAUAUCCUCACAAGAGCCCUGGGAGGUAGGCGAGGCCAUAGUGGUGCAGCGGUUAGAGAGAAUGUGGACCAGGACUUGAGAGAGACCUGGGUUCAAAUCCUUCCCCACGCCUCCAACUCGGCCAAGUGACCUUGGGGGCAGGUCACAGCCCCUCAGCCUGACCUACCUCUCAGGGUUUGUUUUAUCGGCGCCAUAAAAUUUAUACACCAUUUGAUUUUAAAAGGCACGCAAACAAAAAAAAACCGCACGCAAACACACACACACACAUCAAAGCAGUUUACAAAGGAUGAAAUACUAAAAUAUAGAAAAAUUCACAACCCUGCCUUCAAACAUACAAAAGUUAAGAUAACUGAAGCAGAUUAAAAUUAUCUCGGCUUUCUGGGUAGACUUUUAGCAGGUGCCAAAAAAAAGAGUAUGGUGAAGGUGCCUGCUUGUUCUCAAUAGGCAGGGAGUUCCAAAGUGCACUAAAGGAUCAAGCUCUUACAGAUACGGAACGGGUAUUAUGUGGCAUCUGUAAGUACUGCCGAUUCCGCUGAUCAAAGCUGUUGAGUGGGUGCGCAUCUGAUACAGUAAACUUGUGCCGAGUUGUUGAGGGCUUCAUAUGCCAAUAGUAACACCUUGAACUUGGCUCGGUAGCAAAUUGGCUACUAGUGCAGAGCUCUGAGCGCAGGUGUUAUGGGUUGACGAUGCCUUGCUCCUGUCAGCAAUCCUGCUGCAGCAUUCUGCACGAACUGCAACUUCUGGAUCAGGAGCUCAUUGCAGUAAUCCAGUCUUGAAGUAAUUGAUGCAAAAACUACUGUGGCAAGGCAAGGGUUGUGAGGAGGUCACCUGGGCGUGAGUGUUACUUGGCCCUGGGUGGGGUGUUGUAUGUGUGCGGUGGGGCGUGAGAGACUCUUUUCCAACAACUCUUUCUGCUUGGUGAGUUAUGUAGAAGCUUAUGUGUGGAAGUAGAGGAAGUCUAUCUUCCUAGAUAGGAGGUGUUUCUUUGAAAUGGGGGAGUCAUAGUGGCACCACUCCAUCCCUGUAUGCAUGCAUGUACCCACCCACCCACUUAGGAACAUAAAGAGUCUGCCCUAUACCAUGUCACCCCAUUGGUCUUUCUACACUGACUGGUGGUAAUGGUGUGUCCAUUUGUCUGUCCUAUCUCCUGGCACCUAAUGCUUUUAAUUGAACCUAGGACCUUCUACAUGAAAAAGUGUAGCUGGCUCCACUCAGUUACAUGUGGGCAAAUCCACACCAUUGAUUUAAACUGCAUUCAGCAAACACUUAAAGCACACCCUCCACGCUCCAAAUAAUCAUGGGAACUGUAGUUUACCCCUUACAGAUCUAACGUUCCUUAUCAAACUAUAGUUCCCAAGAUUCUUUGGGGAAAUAUAUGUACUUUAAAUGUGCUCUGGGUGUGUUUUUAAUGUAUGGUGUAGAUCUGCCAGUCUCUCCUAGUAGUUGCGUAUUACCUACCAGUAGCAGCUCUCUAAAAAUCCAGUGGAAAAUGCCAUGGAUUGAACCUGGCACCUUCUGCAUGCAAAUUCUGUGCUUAUGACCCUUCCCAUAUCUCAGCUGCUUAGAACUCAGCUUGUUGCCUCGAUUGUUAGUACUGUAUCCCCUAAACAACUUCAAUUAAGGCAUACAUUGUUUCCUGCACACCCACAACAGCACAGCGGCUUUAAGACACUUUAGUAACUCUUCUGAACUUUUUGUAAAGGCUUACAGAAAUCACCCCCAUAUUAUUCUCUGUGUAUUCAUGUUGCUUUUCUGUAACGUGUCUUUGCCCCAAGGAGAGUGCAGUCAUUGUUAUUAUUUAUACAGUACCCUCAGUGUGUAUGGCACUUCACAGAGAAGGCUGCCCAAGAACUGAAGUGGUGUGCAUGCUAUUUUACAGAGGCAAAACAAGGCAGGGGAAGGUUCCUGCUGGAAGAGAUUCGUUCUGUUAUGCAUAACGCAGUCCGUGUGCAUGGUGCUUUAUAGAAUUACAGCAAGACAACAGGCCUCUGCCUGAAACAGCUUACAAUAGAGGUGAUGUGGAGGAUGGAGGCAGAGGGGGAGGCAGGCUGAAGCCAAGGUUAACAGUAGGGAGGAAUGUGCAUUAGGUUUACUUGUAUCUAUGUGGACUUCAUUUCACUAGGAGAUAAGGACUAAGGAAUUUUGUGAAAGCGUCCAUAAAAAGUAAGCCUUUGGUGAGGGAUAUGAACAAAAGCAAAGGGAAGUUUAGUCAGUUGUUUCUUUUGCAGAAGACGGGAAGAUGAGGGAUCCUAGAAUGGUAGAGUUGCACAGGACCACAAGGGUCAUCUAGUCCAAACCUCCCCCCCCCCAAAUGCAGGAAUAUUUUUGCUGAAUUUGUGGCUCAAACCCACAACCCAUCUCAAGGAUGUUUCCUUGAGCAUUGGGCUUAUGUGUGUGGUAGAGAGGACCCUUGAAUAUACUUGUUACUGGAAAAAUAUAGCAAAAAUGUAUGUGAGGGUUUGUAUUUCUUUUCCUUGAAGGAGCUUGGGGUGGCAUACAUACUUAUCCUUAUUUUCCUCCCUGCAAAUCUCUGAAGCAGGUUAGGUUGAGAAACAGUGGCAGGUUCAAGUUUGUCUGGUUAAUUUCAUGGCUGACGUGGGAUUUUGACCCAGCUCUUUCCAUUUGUGGAAGGUUUCAAUGACAUCAGAGAGUCUUCAUUGGUAGUAAAUGCACUUAGAAUAGGGUGUUGAGUUGCAUGAAGCAACCUAGGUUGCAGUGCUAAACAAAUCCAGCCCCUAGUACUCUUUUGUAAAUAUGUUUAAGAUUACAUCCCGUAUCAUAUUUUCAUGGGGUCCUGUUUAAGGCAGAUUUACAGACAUGAAGUCCAAUUUAGUUCAGUGGAGCUUCUCCCUAGUUUGUGUGUGUAGGAUUGUGGCAUUAGAUUUAGAAAGGACUAGCUGCUAAGUAAGUGACCAUAAGAUUGCACACAUUCCUACCGUAUUUUUCGCCCUAUAGGACGCACCGGCCCAUAGGACGCACCUAGAUUUUUUGGGGGGGGGGAAUAAAAGGGGAAAAAAAUUUUCCCCCCCAGGCGCGGGGCUGGGGUGGGAGAAGCCCGAGCUUCCACCGACCCCAGCUCCCAGAACGGGACCCAGAGUGAUGCCGAAGCUGCGUGCAGCUUUGGCAUCGCUCUGGGAGCUCGCGGGGCUGGGGGAGGGGGAAGCCCUUCGCCAGCCUCCAAACCAGGUCGGGAGACAGCGGGAUGGCGCGCUGCGCCUCCCCGCUGUCCCCGAGUUUGCAGGGCUGGCGACGGGGAGGAGCAGGCUUCUCCCCCCACCAGCCUUCUAACCAAGUCAGGGGACAGCGGGAUGGUGGCGUUCCGCCUCCCCGCUGUCCCACGAGCUUGUGGGGCUGGCGGUGGGGCUCUCCAGGCUUCAGCGAAAGCCUGCAUUUGCCCCAUAGGACGCACACACAUUUCCCCUUCAUUUUUGGAGGGGGAAAAGUGCGUCCUCUAGGGCGAAAAAUACGGUAAAUGCUAGUCUCACUGCAAUCAAUGAAUGACCAUUUCUUUAGGAUCGAGCUGUUCAAUUGCAUAUCCAAGAACAUUAUUAUUUUUAUUACAUUCUAAAAGAGAAAAGAGGCCAAUUUUUUAUUAGCCCAGAUCCGUUGCCCUUGUGCAUUUCUGCUCUAUUCAAGAUAAAAGGGAAAUUUCAGAAAUGUGCAAAAAUGAGCCCACCCACAUGCUUUUGUUUUUGUUGUCGCUUUGAGGAAUGGAGCAUGCGUCACCUGCCUCUCUCCUUCUGUCAAGCAGUGCCUCCCAACAAGCAGUGCUUCCCCCACCCAUUGUCGUUUCAUCAGGGUGGGAGGCUGCAAGGAAUUCACGGUGGGAUUGAGGAGCAGUGGAGCUGAGGAUAAGCAGGGGGGUCAGAUGGGAAUAUACGCUGGACUGGAUCUAGCUAACAGGCCAGCAGUUCUUCGCCUGUGCUAUAAAGUGGCUUCAGAGUUAUUGUCUGGAUCCAAGGCAGCCUUUGCCAACAGCUUUGCCAGCUGGAACUAAUGGGAUCUGCCUCCCAAAACCUCUCAGGAGUUCCAGAUUGGCUAAGGGUGAUCUAAGAAAAUUCACUUUUUAAUUCUCCUUAGGCCAUGAUUCCUCUGGCAAUCUUAGGCAGGAUACCCACCUAACUGUAACUACACUUUGCAGCUGAAAUAAUGACAGAUGUAUAUAAUAACCGAUGGUAGGACUAAUUUUUGUUGAUAAUGUAGAGGACAAGCUUUUGAUCAGAGUGGGCUAUCAGAUUGUUUAAAAAUGAGCACCCUUAUCUGGUUUGUUUAGCUCCUCCAUGCUAGCAGUGUUGUGGAGGAAACAAACUCAAACCUUGGCUUAGCAUUGCACCCAGGUUCAUGGUUUCUUUUUCUCAAACCAUGAUUGGUUAGCCAAGAACAAUCCUUGGUUUAUUAUCUUAGUUUGGAUGUAAUGCUGAGCCAAGGAAUGUGGUGUGUUUCUUCUGUGCUCUAGAGAAAUGCAAAUGGUUUCUGAUUUGCUGUGACAUGCAAACACAGUCACAGAUUGCAUAUCCAUUUAGUAAAUUUUUAUUUGUUUUCCAUAUAGUCAUUUCACUUUCCUGGGAUGUUCAGAGAUGACUUGGAUUUUUUAAACAGUACUGAAAAUUGUGCAACACCUACAUGUGAUGAUCUGGCAGAUUUUACUGACUUCCUCUCACAGCCAGAGAUCCGUCCACGCAGUUUCAUUUCUCAGAAAGUUUUCUUGGGAGAAUAAGAAGAACCCAGAUCUUUGUAAUGAAGGGACCUGCUUUUAAGGUUUCUUUCCCCUCAAAUUUCUGAAGUGUUUGUCUUUGGUUGGUUUGCCCUCUGUACCCUGGGUGAGCAAAUGGUAGUAGAUAAAUAAUCACAACAAAGUGUGGAUGGGCAAGUUUUUCCAAAGUAAAUAGGACUUGACUUAAUGGUAAAAGCUGUGAGGCACUGUUGUGCAACAGUUUGCACUGCUGCCCACUUAAAGAAGUUACUUAGUUUAUUGAGUAAAUUGGUUGAAUAUGAAUAACUGUGCACAUGAAUAAGCAGUUCUGAAGAAAAACAUAUACUUCCCUGUUUUUAGAUAAUAGAUAUGUUACAGCAGUUAAGAGACAUUCCCACUUGUGUUUGAGAAGAGAUAAGUCCUCUAGUAAAAACACUAGCCAUUUGCACCAGCUAUAUUCAAAAUAAGGCUUCAGUUCUUUAGUUGAUUGAGCCAUUAAAACAUGCUUUUUAAGUUAAAAAGGGGUUGUUUUAACAUUCCAUCCUCAGUCUGUGUCACUGAAGAACUGUAUGUGUCAUCUUUGAAUAUCAACCAGGCUGGAAAAAUCCCAUCUGGACAUCUAGAGAUCUCUUGCAAAAGUCCUCAAAUAGAAGGAGAUAAACUUUAGCAUUGCCCUAAAUGUGGGUGGCGCUGUGGGUUAAACAACAGAGCCUAGGGCUUGGCAAUCAGAAGGUCGACGGUUUGAAACUCCGCAACGGGGUAAGCUCCCGUUUCUCGGUCCCUGUUCCUGCCAACCUAGCAGUUCGAAAGCACGAAGUACAAGUAGAUAAAUAGGUACCACUCUGGUGGGAAGGUAAACGGCAUUUCCAUGUGCUGCUCUGGUUUGCCAAAAGCGGCUUAGUCAUGCUGGCCACAUGACCCGGAAGCCGUACGCCGGCUCCCUCGGCCAGUAAAGCGAGAUGAGCACCGCAACCCUGGACCUAAUGGUCAGGGGUCCCUUUACCUUUACCUUUAAUAGUUGCAGUCAAGCUGAUGGUUUAGACCAGCCUUCUCCAACUUGGUAGCUACCAAUCCCUGACCAUUGGCCAUAGAACGUCCAAGAACGUCUACAGCUCUACAGUUUCCCCAACCCUUGCUUUAACAAAUGGUUUAUCUGCUGGCCAGCUAAGUAGUUGGUUUCUACAAGAAGCAACCACAACCUGCUCUGAAUAUAUCUAGAGAUGCUGAAUGCUCUGCUGCAGAUGAAAGCAUUCCAUGCAAUGCCUAACUAUGCAUUAUUCAGUGAAAGUUCCCUGAUCAAUACUGGUAUCCUUCACUGCCUUAAAGUGGUGGUGUGUGAUUUUCUUGUAAAGCUUUUGGCUUUCUUAACCAUGAAAGGUAAAUUCUAUAUAGAAUCAUAGAAUUGUAGAGUUGGAAGGGACCCUGAGAAUCAACCCCCCUGUAACGCAGAAAUAUGCAGCUGUCCCAUGUAGGGAUCAAACCUGCAACCUUGGCAUUAUCAGCAUCACACUCAGAAUAACCGGAUAAUAUAGUGGCGGUAUUUAGAUUGCAAGACUUCAUUCUCUUUUUUUCAGUCCAAACUGAAGGACUCCUGGGAAGAGUUGCGGUUGAGUUUGCUUGGCUCAUUUUGUUUGUUACAAUUAUUCAUAUUCUGCCUUUCAGGAAAUGUAUCCUUUCACGGUUGCUGAGAAUUAAGAUUGAACUUCAUUAAAACAUGCACACACAAUAAACAGCAUGAAACUAAAUGAUUCGAUUGUGGCCAAGUGCAGUAGUUAAUAUGGAAGGCAGCUGUUCCAGCAUGCUUAAGGACCAUGCAUGGAGUCACUACUCACCAGUAUGUAUUGAAUAGGGAGUCCCUGCCCAUGUGCAUCCUUUGUAGAGUUCCUUUCACUGUUAAACAUGCCUUGCUGGAGCCUGCACAGAAUCCUGAGAUCUAAGGAGACAUCAUGUAGGGGCUGGUCAAACCAGAACAGGGUGCAGGGAUUGCCUCUUGAUGACCCUGGGGAGUGGGUGCAGAGUUCAGAGUGGCAUACUGGGAGGCUAUACCACAGGAACACCCCCUUCCUGCCCAGGAUCCAACUCCUCAUCGAUAACCGACUAUUGGAGCAUCUCCUUUCACUCAUGGCCCUGACGCAGUCUGUUCCAAACCACUGGGCCCCUUCCCAGGGUCGUUUGCAGGCAGCUCCUCCAGCUGCGCCCCCCCCCAAUCCAACCAGCCCCUCCACGAUGGCUCUUUGUGACUCAUGACACACAGUUCUCAACUGCUCAGCAAGCCUUUCUUGCACACCUGGUUCCCUGCUCCAGGUAUAAUCUCAAUUCUGGUGUAUCUUUUAAAAUUGCAGUUGCCUUUAAAAUAUUGGUAACCUCCUUUCUAAGAAUAAAUGCUUGGUAUGGAAUAAGUAUACUACCAGAGUCUUGGACUCGUAAGGAUUGUGUUAGAUGAUUCAGAAUUUCUUUGUUAACGUACACCUACUUUGCGAUGCCAGUUUUUUAUAUCUACAACCAGUGUAAAAUGUGAAUGGUGAUCUUAGCCAAGCCUUGAUGCAUUUGCUAGCAGCGUAUCAAAGCACAGUUAAUGCCACAUAUCUGGCUUUUUAGCAAAUCUUGCUGGCUGGUACUUAAUGGAAACAAUUAGUCAUUCUUGGUGGAUUUGACAGCAUAAAGAUCAAUGAAGAAAGCCUCUUUAAUGUCAUCAGAUGCAGGGUAUUGAAACAAUAACUUAGCAUACACCUCCCCCACUAUGAGGGAGUGCAGCCUAUAGCCUCAGACUUCCUUUAUCAUUGCUCAUUCUGAAGGGUAUCAAGUAUAAAAGCCCGGAUGUUCCUUAGGCUUCCUACCUGAGAUCCCCAGAGAAUCCCCCCCAGGGAAACCGUUUCGGUCUCUUUAGGGACAAAUUGUGAUGGCAGCAUGACUGAGCUGUAUGAAGUUAUGGGUGGCAUAGCGAAAGUGGACAGAGAGAGGUUCUACCUCUGUCUCCCAUAAUACUAGAUUCCAGGCUCGUCCAGUGAACUGAACACUGGAAGAAUCAAGAUAGACAAAAGGAGGUGCGUCUUUUCACUGCACAUGGUUGCACUAUGGAAUUCACUCCCACAAGGCAUGGCUGCCAACUCAGAUGGCUUUAAAAUGGUGUUAAGUCAAAUUUAUGGGGAGGAUUAAUACUAUCAGUGGCUGCUAGUCAUGGUGGUUAUAUAUUGCCUCCAGUAUCAUUGUUCAUAUACCUCUGAAUACCAGUUGUUGGGGAUCAUUACUGGGAGACUGCUGUUCCACACAUCUCUGCUUGAGACUGUGAGAAUGUAAUGUUGGAUCAGAUGCAUCGCUGGUCUGAGCCAGCAGGUCCCCUAUGUUCUUGGAGCAGCCUUCCCUAUCCUUGAGUCCCCAAAUGAUGUUGGACCACAUUUCCCAUAAUCCUUAACUGUUGGCCAUGCUGACUGAGGAUGAUGCAGGCUGUAGUCCAGAAACAUCUAAAUCAGGCACCCCCAAACUCGGCCCUCCAGCUGUUUUGGGACUACAAUUCCCAUCAUCCCUGACCACUGGUCCUGUUAGCUAGGGAUUAUGGAAGUUGUAGUCCCAAAACAGCUGGAGGGCUGAGUUUGGGGGUGCCUGAUCUAAGGGCUCAAAAUUGGGGGAUUUGUAUGCAGAGUGUGUACUCUACCAUUUAGCUGUGGCUAGUUUUUUUUUUUUAAUCCUUUCGCUCUUAACUUACCUGAGGUCCCAACAAGCCAGAGUUCCAGUACUUCCAAAAGGUAUUCCAAAAGUUUUGACUUGAGCAAAUCUCUUUGUCAAAGUAUGUCUCAAGAGUGAAGCUCUUAAAAUUGAUUUUAGUCCGAUUAGGGAUUAGGAUUGGUCACUUCAGGGAAUGCAUUUCUGGGAUUUUUAGAAUCUGAAAGACUUGACACCAACAAAAAUGUGCCUAUUCUUUGCUGUGCUGGCCUUGUUCCUUUUCACCGGGGGUGGGUAGAGGUGGAGAUUUGUAUUGCCAGCACAAGGUGGGAAGGAAUCUUCACACCAGGCAGGAGUAUCGUUGGCAUACUGUAGUUCUUUCUGAAGUUUCUGCUUUUGGACAUGUAUUUAUUUGUGGGAGCAGCAGAUGGAUCCUCUGCUGAUGCUUUCGUGCUCAGGUGCUCUGUGAUGGUUAGCAGCGUGUCUGCUGUAGAACUCUGCAUCUUCAGAAAUCCUUGCCUGUCAUUGUCCUCACCUUUUAUCUCAAGGCUUAUACAUGCAAAACCUUUUUUUAAAUAGUCCAGCAUCUUUUUAAAAUUGGGUGCCGCAGAGAGAAUGUACUGAUGAACAAUCAUACAGUGGAAUGACUAAUGGUGCAAUUGUGUGCAUUCUCGGAAAGCUCCUUUGUGUUUGAUGGAAUCAAAAUGAGUGUUUGUCACAAACUAAUUCCCAACAGAACUGCAUGCAAAGGGACAAAUUUGAAGGCAUCUCCUAGUUUGGUCAUUCCUGGCAUAGACUAAAUACCCUCCAGUGUGAUAACAGUUGUUGUUGUUGGACUACAAUUCUCAUCAUUCCUGACCAUUUGCUGUGCUGGCUGGGGCUCAUGGGAGUUGGAGUCCACAACUUCCGGAAGGCACUGCAUUGGCUAUGCUGGCUCUGUGCCUUUGAAGCUGUCUUGUACUGAGCCAGACAGUUGGUCCAUUUAGUCCAAUACUGUCUGCUUGGACUGCCAAGGGUCUUCCCAGGCCUGGUACAUGAGGUCGAGAUUGACCAUAGAUCCUUUUGGUUGCAAAGCACGUGCUACACUACUCAGCUAUUUAUACAAAUAAAGUGUUUCUACCCCACACUUUAGCUUACAAAACACACACACCAGUAGUUCCUUCCCUUCAGACUUAAUAUCUAAGAGACGUGACAUGAUUAAAAAAGGAUGAGGAGGGAUGAGUAAAGAGGCAGGGAGGCAAACUCAGACACCAGUCUUACAGAUCUUAUAACAGUCAGCUGGGACUGAAGCAGUUCAUGAAGCCUGUUGGAAUGACUGCCGCUGUGUGAGUUGAGGGAGGGCCAAAGGCAGCUCUUCUCUCUGUAGAGAAGGUAGAAGAGGCCUGCUUCCCUCCUCUCUCUGUACUCUGCUACCUGAUGGAGUGGCUGCUGUGAGGUGCCAGUCGGCUUUUGCCCCUUUCUGAUUUACGUUUUGAAUUUUGUUCCGUUGUCUUUGCAGAAGAGGUGGCCAAACUGGAAAAACAUCUGAUGCUUCUCCGUCAGGAAUAUGUCAAGUUGCAGAAGAAGCUGACUGAGACGGAGAGGAAAUGCACUCUCUUGGCCGCUCAGUCUAACAAGGAGAGUGCCAGCGACUCCUUCAUCAGUCGGCUGCUUGCCAUCGUAGCAGAGUUGUAUGAGCAGGAGCAAUACAGGUAAACAUGUGGUGGUGAAGACAGAACCAUGGGCUGGGUUCUGCUGCUGUGUCAAGCAGAACUUAAGUUAUGACCCCAUCUGCCAAGCCAUGGUUUGACUCUGACAUUUGAAUCUGGCCUCUGCCUUUUAAAGAUUUCAUCAGAUUUGCCACUUAAGUUAUGACCCCAUCUGCCAAACCAUGGUUUGACUCUGACAUUUGAAUCUGGCCUUUGCCUUUUAAAGAUUUCAUCAGAUUUCCCACUUGGACCUCAGCCUUGUUUUGCAACCAUAAGUGCUAUAAAUUUGUACACAAAUAAGCUUAACUUCCUUUCCGUUUUUUGCAUCCAUUACCAAUUCUUCACUUCCACCAACACCCUUUCAGCUUUUACCGGGUACAGUCUCUUCUGAAAUGCUGUGCCUCUUUCUCCUAUCUCUUUGUGCUAUUUUACACUAUGUUUGCCAUUUGCAAGAAAGCAGGGACAAUGCAUUAAGCACAGGAAAGCAAAAUAGUUUAAACACCUUUAGAGGACGCUUGCCUAUGCAGGCAUAUUUUCACACACGUAACAUGGAAGCCAUUAGAUUGCUUCUGAACAUUGGAAGAAACAAAGUUCCAAGAUCUUAUACUGGGUGAAAUGCAGUCUAAUCUAAUCUUUCAAAAGGCAGAAGCCCAUCCUCCAACUUGACAGAAUGGAAGCAAGGAGUUUCCUGUGUUUUCCUGCAGGGUAAAGUUAGAAACAAACUCUUUUGCUCGUGUCAAAAUAAUUGAUUCCAGGCCAAGCAUGUAUUUGUGGAGGAUUGAGAGUUGCAGUUAAUGGCCCUUGUAAAGACAGCGUUGCUUUAAAAUAUUGCUGCUCACUUAAUACAUAAAUGCAGCAUAUUUUGCUGGGAAACCGAGCCAGACAAAUGUACUUUGCCUUUUUUUUGGGGAAGUUUGAAGUUAAAUAUUUAUCUUGGAUAAAUAUACUUUUGCUUUGCUUCCUAAGCACUUCCUAUUCUUCAAAACUGGAAGUUAUUGCUGUUUUGGUGUCCAGUGUUUUUUGGAAAGAGAAAGGGGACACACCCUAGAACUUGUUGCUCAUAACUUUUCAGCUAGUGUGUAAGACCAAAUUUCUUAAUUCACAAACCUCUUCCUUGGAACUAAGCUGUGUGUGUUUCAUGUUUGCUGAAAUGCAGAGAUCAUCGUUCUGCAUUAUGCAGUGGUGGUGGUAGUGGUAAAAUCACUUAAAGACUUUAAAUAUAGUACAGUGAUUAAACAUAAGACAGGCUCAGCCUUUCAGGCCUACAGGUUGAUGGUCAUUUGUCAGUUGAGGGUCUCUCUUGUCAGCCCAAGCUCUGAUAAACACUUAGCGAAGAAAGAGUUAUUUUCAGCUCUUAAACACUUUCUCACCAGACGUCUUAAUGCACGGAACCUUGUUGGAUCGUAUUUAAGAGCCAUCUAGUUCAUCAUCUGGUUUUCACAAAGUGGCCAGGCAAAUACUUCAUUAUUAUUUUUUUAUAAUAUAUUUUAUUGGUUUUCAAAUAUAAAAACAAAUUUAUACAUUCCAUACAUCUUAAUUACAUCUUGCUUCUCUUUUUUGACUUCCCUCAGUUUGUCUGAAAUUCCUUCCCUUUAUUACUUUUUACACAUUUCUGCCAUUUUAACCAUUUCCCCUCACAGAGCUUCCCUAAAACUUACAAACGUAAUUUGAUUAUCACUCAGUUUUUGCAUAUAUUGGAUAAACUUUUCCCAAUCUUCUGUAAAUCUUUGAUCUCGUCGAUUCCGGAUCCUUCCUGUCAUUCUGUCCAAUUCUGCAUAAUCCAUCAUUUUAGUUCUCCAUUCUUCUAUCGUAGGUAAUUCUUCCUGUUUCCAUUUCUGGGCCAGGCCAGGCAAAUACUUCAGAGAGGCCCUAAGCAGGGCCUAGCAAACAGUCUCAAUUGCUGGACUGCCUCUGAACCUUGAUACUCCAAUACUCCACGACAGAAGAAAUGUGGGUUAUAAAUAUAUAUAAAAAUACAUUGCUGCCAAUGCUGCUUGAUAGACUUAUCAGCCAUCACCUGUGAAUUGGUCUAAUCCCUAAUUGCCCUGAGGGAUAGCUCAAUUGGGUGGAGCAUGAGACUCUUAUAAUCUCGGGGACGUGGGUUCAAACCCCAUGUUGCGCAAAAUAUUCUUGCAUUGCAAUGAGUUGGAAUGGAUGAUCCUCGUGGUCCCUUCCGACUCUGCAUAUAUAUGGGUGGGUGUAUAUUCGGUCAUAACUAAAUUAAGAGAAAAGAUACAGAAAUGCUAUGAAAGCUUGCCUUCUGUCCUAAUACAUUAUAUCUAUUACAUAAAGACUAUAUAGGGUUUGGACUGGGUAUCAAUUUAAUGCAUUCAAUUUAUUGAGAAGAAAUAAUAUGCAAGUUAGUAUUGUUGUUGUUUUUAAUUAAUUAUUGUAGAUAUAAUAUAGAAGGGACAUGGGUGGCGCUGUGGGUUAAACCACAGAGCCUAGGACUUGCUGAUCAGAAGGCCGGCGGUUCAAAUCCCCACCACAGGGUGAGCUCCUGUUGCUCGGUCCCUGCUCCUGCCAACCUAGCAGUUCGAAAGCACAUCAAAGUGCAAGUAGAUAAAUAGGUACCUCUCCGGCGGGAAGGUAAACGGCGUUUCCGUGCGCUGCUCUGGUUCGCCAGAAGUGGCUUAGUCAUGCUGGCCACAUGACCCGGAAGCUGUCUGUGGACAAACGCCGGCUCCCUCGGCCUAUAGAGCGAGAUGAGCGCCGCAACCCCAGAGUCGGUCCCUUUACCCUUUACCUUUAACAUAGAAGCUUGUAUAAAUGCCAUAGACUAUUUGUUGUGUUUCUGAGGGGGGUCUAUUUUGCAACCUUCAUCAAUCUGAUGCCCUCCAGAUGUUUUGGACUACAGCUCCCAUCAACCCCAGCAUCAUACAACUGUUGACAAGGGCUCAUGGAUAAUAUAUUAUUAGGAUAUUUGUGUUCAGUAUGCAUAGAAGCUUACCUGGAGAUUAUGGGUAUGAUUGUUUUGUUUGGUUGUAUUUUGUUUUCUAUUUCAGCAACUUAAACAGGAAUACUUGAGUGUAUAACAAUGUGCACUUACCGUAUUGGCCCGAAUAUAAGCCAUACUUCUUUUUCCAAAUUCCGACCAUGAAAAGUUAAAGUGCGACUUAAAUGUGUGACCUUACAAAAAUUGGCUUUUACGAUAUCGCUGCUGAAACAGACAUACAGUAAAACGGAACAGGUGUGAGUGCCUGCGGAAUUAUAAGAGAGCAGCUUAUAUUUUGGUAUUGUCUUUUUUUCUCCCCCCCCCCUUGAAUUUUAAAGGUGUCGCUUAUAUUUGGGCCAAUACGGUAUCAAUGUAUUAAUCCUUAAAAUAUCAUUCGUGUACCGUAUAUGUAUCAACCACUAAUUCCUUUUUUAAGCCGUGUGAGCCAGUGCCCAUCACUUUGACAGUGAGUUUAAAUUUCCGUAUGCUUAAAAUAAUAUUUCUGAAGCAAAAGGCACAGCUUUUUUCUAAGAUUAUUUUUAACAUUUGUGGCAGUUAUUUAAGGGGUGCCAUUUCUUCCUAUGUGGUGGUGCUUGCCAUUUCCGGUUCUGUUUUUCUUUUCUUUUUACUUCUACUAAAUACAUAUUUUUUUUAAAAAAAAUGGGUGCUUGUUUAAUUGGCAGCAUCCUUUUAGCCUCUUAAGAAUUUUUUUUAAAAAAAUCUGAAUAGACGCACGGUGUUAAAUUACCUUAUUUAUCUCCCCACUUUUGCUCUACAGCAAUAAUAAAUUUAUAAAUCUCUGUCGUAUUCCCCCAUCACAUUACCCACUCACCCCACCCCACCCCCAGUCUUGCUUUAAACAUCCUUCACAUGGCUGUGAGCAAGCAUGCAAAUCCUUUAGCUACGAACCUUUUAAUUGUUACCAGCACUGCCUAAACGGAUAGGGUGGAUCAGAGCUGCUUCCCUGAUUGUGGUGUUUAAAAAAAAAAAAGAAAGAAAGAAAUUAAAUACAAAAGGAGAGAAGAGGAGAUGUUGCUCUAAUUCUUCUAACAUUUUCCUUCUCAGAUGAGCGUUUUGCCCCUUAAUCGCGUGCCUGGGAAUAGCAAACAAGCCGAACUUGGUUAGCUUCCCUCCUUGUUUGUGCACAGGCAGCAUUUUCCUAUCCCGUUCACAAAGCGUGCAGACUCCCUGCUUCUUUCUGAAGGCUUCUUUGUGGCUGUUUGGGACCAUAAGAAGCCUGCAAAAGUGCCGUGGGGAAUCCUCAUAUCGCCACUGCUCUGCCUUUCUCCUCUACGGCAGAAUACCCUGAGUUUCCUUGCUGCUGUGCAGAAGUUUGCAAAGUCAUCUAAGCGCAGGUGUGUGUGUGUGUUUGUCUUGUGUUUCUCCAGUGACCUGAAGAUAAAGGUUGGAGACAGGCGCAUCAGCGCUCACAAGUUUGUAUUGGCAGCUCGCAGCGAGACUUGGAGCCUGGCCAACCUGGUGUCUACGGAGGAGCUGGAUCUGUCAGGUCGGUUUCUGAUUGGCUGGGGUGGGGGGGGGUGAGAGAGAUGCUUUCAUUGGCUUUGGGCGAGCAGUGAAAAGAUGAAAGGCCCCUUUGGUAGAGGAGGUUGCAGUCUUCUCCUUCAGGAGGUGCUCCGCCCACAGAAAGAGGCACUUGAUCCAUUAAUUAUGAAGCCUUUGUCUCCAGAACAUGCUAAUGGGCCUUUGAGAGCUCUGUGUUUAAUGCUAGUUAAAUCAGUAGCCCAUCCCACUUUCAUUUUAAUGAUGUGGAUGUUAAGUGUGGUGGCCUCUUCGUCUUACAGAAUGGGAGCCCGCUUAGAGCUGGGAGACAAAGCCGUCUGAAACAGCCCGGUUAUUCCUUUUGUUUUGAGGGUUGCUGUGUCAGAGCGGCCUGUGUAGCAAUUCCAUGUAAGGCAACUGUUGAGACACCAGUCUUUUAUCUUUAGUGAAAUUAGCUCUUUAAUCAGUUGGGCGCCUUUUUCUCUUCUCUUCUCUUCCCUUCUCUCUUUCCCUCCCAUGCAUAUACCUUCCCUAAAAACCUGCAGCGAUGGAGAGAGAGAGAGAAUUCUGGCCCGAGACGUUGAUUCUAAACAAGCAAUUAUAUUGCCAAUUUCAAGUUUGCAUUAUAAAAUGAGCCGUGUUAAAAAGAGAGCCUUAUAGAUCGCUUUAUUUUUAAAGGUAGGCCCUGCCCUCGGGCUUACGAUAGCACAAAAGGAAAAAUGGAUUCGGUGAGAGGAGGAAAUACGCAAGCCGAGGCAUUAUUUCUUUGUAGUUGCAGGAUCUUCUGAUGACCCUCUGGGAUCGAAAACAGUUCAGGGAAAGGAGGCACCAAAAGUUGCUGGUCUCUCAGCUGGGCUAAUGAAUUGAGUUACUUCUCUUCCUUCCUCUGCUGCAGCCUGAUGUAGUGGCUGCUGCCGGAUGGCAGGAGAUUGUAGGAGGAACCUGACUUCUCAGCAGAGCUGGUGGCAGUGUCUCCACAUCCCUUGUCUCUCCUCCACCUCUGCCACUGUAGCGGCUCUGCUGUCAGGUGACAGAUUUCCACCAUGGGACACCCAUGCUUGUGUAUUAGGAUGACUUUCGUCGGUGAUGUGGGGUAGAAAUAGAAUUAAAACAGUUGCUCUGUUUUUUCCAUGGAAAGGUUUCCAUGUCUAAAAGUGCAUGGUUUCAUAACAUGAUGAUUGCAUGCAACAUUAGUCCAGUUAAAACUGCCUGGCCUUACAUUUGGAGGUCAGAAGGUGUGUCCUGUUCUGGAUCUUUUUUGUGUGAGUGUAGGGGGCAGGAAUGAAAUAAGUGGGAAGGACAUAAACUAUUCCAGCUCCAGCGAUGGUAUAGUUUUAUCAUCCAGCCCAGGGUCAUGCUGGCAGAAUAGGAGGGUGCAGAAUGCCAACUCUGGCAUCAGUGAGAUAAUCUGGAUGCAGGACCUUUCUGCAGCCUCACAUAGAAGCUAUAGGGAUCCUGAUUUCCCUCUGAGGGCAGACUUCUCUCUCUUGGAGAGGGAGAUCCAGUUAAUCCUAAGGCACCUGUCAGGUUUUAAAAUGUUUACAGGUUAAGUCCAAGGAAAGCUUUUUAGUACAGUCGUACCUUGGUUUUUGGUUUCUCGAAUGUUUUGACUCCCGAACGCCGCAAACCUGGACGUGAUUGUUCCAGUUUGCGAACUAUUUUUGGAAGCUGAACAUCCUAUGGGGCUUCUGAAUGGCUGCAGGAGCUUCCAAAUGUUUUGGAAGUUGAAUGGACUUCUGGAAUGGAUUCCGUUCGACUUCCAAAGUACGACUGUAAUUGAAUAUAACAUUUAAACUGCACUAAUGUGCUUCGUUGAAUUCCCUCCCCCCAAUCAAUUGGUUCAGUUCAGCUGCUUCCGGGCACUGGGAAAAGAUGGUGUCCUACAUAUAUUGCAAACCAGAUAGGAAAUCAGACAUGCUAAAUUGGAUACCAAUUUAUAUAGGGGAUUGGAAAAUUAUUGGGGGUUUUAUACAUUCUGCUGAACUCUACAUUGGGUUGUUGUUUUUUAGCUGCUACUUUUUAUUUGUUUAUUUUAGUUUAUAAACUGCUCUAGGAGUUUUACUGAGGGGUUUAUUUAACAAAUUGGGCCAGGAGGAGGAAUACCUGAAAACGACCUCUUUCUCUGCCCCCUCCCCGAAAAGGUUUUAAAGUAAUUCUCUGACCCAUUUUAGAUGAUUUUAUCUCUCCCUUUCUCCAAGAAGCUUAAAGGUGGUAUUCAUGGCUUUACCUAGCCCUCUUUUACCUUGCAAUGAGUUUGUGAGGUAGGUUAGGCUGAAGGUGGUUGACUGACCUAAGCUGAACUUCAUGGUGGUGGACAGGAUUUGAACCCUGUCUCCCUGUUGGCCCCUUGUCUCACAUUUUAAGCACCAUGAAAACGGAAUGGAGGUGAAAGUAGAAUACUUAGGUGUCAAGCAGUUUCUGAAGUUGAAAUGUGGGGCUGGGGGAAGAAGAACGCUAGGGCUGCCACCUGCUCUUGACUAUGUUUUAGUUGUGGGUUGGUGGGGCGUUGAAGCUGUCGGGGCUUCCCCAGAUGAUUGACGUCUUGCCUCUUACAUCUCUGGCUGCAUCUUGGAAAACAGCUUCUAAUAUUAGUGCUCCCGCCAGCUCCUCUUUCUAGGGGGUGAGCAGGCAGCCAACACCCUCAUUGCAGCAGAGCUAUAAAUACCACCUUUACUAGUUCCUGAGAUUGGGGGGUGGGUUGUAUGCCCACUUAGCACUCACAGCAGCAGUGUGAUACUGCAUUUCCCCCCACAUUGUAAGUACAGAAACAAGCUCAUUGCUAACGUCUUGAGCAUAAGAAGUGUGGUUGCUGGUUCAUAAGUACUGAGCGUGCAGUUUUGGGGGGGCUAUUUUUGUUUUUGUAAGUGCAUGUCAGGUCUAGAGCCCUGCAUGCUGGUGGUCCUCUAAAGGCCAAAUCAUAAUCCCCUUCAUGCUCUUCCAACAGAUGCUGACCCGGCCGUGACAACGGCGAUGUUGCGUUGGAUCUAUACAGAUGAGCUGGAGCUGAGAGAAGAUGACGUGUUCCUGACCGAGCUGAUGAAACUGGCAAACAGGUUUCAGCUACAGCUCCUCAGAGAAAGGCAAGUCUCUGAAUGAGCGGUUGCAUUUGUUUCUUAAUUAACAAGGCUAUUUGUCCUAACGCAAGUGAUUGUUUUCCCCCCUGUGGAUCCCUCUGGGAAGCGGCUUUGAAUUCAAAGAUGGGCACUCUCAGAAAUGCAGCUGUGAUCAGGACCAAUGGUGGGAUCUCUUCCCUUUGGAGAGAUCUGUUGAGGAUGCUUAGGGUCAGCCUUCCUGGUGACCUCCAGGUGUUCUGGGCUCACUGGUGAAGGUUGGUUUAGGUAAAGGUUGUCCUAUUACACACAUGACUUAGAAGGCCCUCUUGAUGCUUCCUCCAGCAAAUGAUGGCAAUCUCGCCAGGUUCUUCAUCAAACCUAUAUAUUUGAACUGACUUUGUAGUAACGAGCGUGACUUUAGUGACACAGAGAAUCUCUUCUGCUCUGGGAUCUUGUGUGCUCCUAUUAAUUUAUCCCAUUUGUGUGUGUGCAAAUGAACUUGGCUUUACUAGAUGUAUCGCAUCUGUCUACUUCUCGCAGUAUGGGCAAGGCAACAUUCCAGGCGCGUGUUAAUAGAUUAUAAUGCUCAGAUAUUACUUGAAUGAGGUAUUACACUGGCCGUGGCAAAGUUUCUUUCGGAGGUUAUAAGAAACAAAGAUCAUUAUGCCCUAGAUAAAACAAAAUGACUGCCUUGGUUCUACCAUCUGUCUGUCUGGUCGUUUUAACUGUAUCUAGUUUUGAAAUUGUUAUGGUUUAUGGGUCUUUGGACCACAAUAAAGUAUUGAUGAUGAUACUUGAAUCAGGACUUUAUUUACAACACGGUGAUGGUGUUAGCAGCAUAAGCAGAAAAGUCUUGCCUCUCUCAUUCAACUGGAUGCCUGGUAGCUUAACAGCAGAAUGCCUCCUGUGAAUGUCUUGCAGGGUGUUAAGAUUAAUAUUCUUGGCUAAAAGCCUAACUUCAGAAGUCUUCAAGUGCAGGACAGGCAAUUCCUUUGGAUCUGAAGGCUACUCCUUGAACACUGAUCUGCUCUGAAUAUCGAAACCAUAGUUUCCUGGUUUGGUUGCAGUGGGAAACUGUGGUUAAUGAACUCAGGCACUCUUCAGUUGUUGCUCAGCAAAGAGGGAAGGGAUGACACACGCCACUUGCAUCUUAGUUUAAUUAACUGAGAUAGUUAUGUCCGAUCUGGGCCAAGAUCUUUCAAAGAACUUCUUCAGUUUUACUAAUACUUUAUAAAGCAGGUCUGUGUUCAUACUUUUUAGCUACUGAGAUAAGUCUUUUGAUGCUGGCAAUGAAAAUCAUCUGCUAGUAAAUCCCCUUUUUGCUGACCCCCGGCUCUUUCCCUGUCUGUCUUGGUAGGUGUGAAAAAGGAGUCAUGUCACUUGUGAACGUCAGAAACUGCAUCCGCUUCUAUCAAACAGCUGAGGAGCUGAAUGCCAGCACUUUGAUGAACUACUGUGCAGAGAUAAUUGCUAGUCAUUGGGUAAGCGCUGAGAGAGGAGCAUGGGGUGCUUCAAGAGGUCAAAUGAGGAUAUGUGUUUUUUAAUGUAAAAAUGCAGCAUUUACUCUGUUUCCAAGGCAAGGAUUUCUGUAAAAUUUGAAACUAUACUGAGAAUCCCCCACAUUCUGUUUUGCAGCUGCUUUGGGCUGUACCAUGUACAGUGGGGGAAUUGCGUGUUUGAAGGUUUCCCCAGGAAACAACAAGUGCCACCUCGCAUGUGGAAAGCUAGCAUGUUGGAGAGAAGAAUUUUAGCCCCGCGUUCUCUUUGCCUUGUUAGCUUCCCACUUGCAAAGAGGUUUUCGUUUUCAUUUGGUCUGCAGUUUGGUGUAUGCAUCUGCUUAAAAUGGGAUGUCUUGGCAUUGACAGCAGAACUGAUGCCUGUACUGAAAACAGGCGGUUCCUGGUCUGUAAUUAUUGAAUCAUAGCUCAGUUCCAAAGAGUGUUCCCCCCUCCACCUGUGGAAACAUUUUGCAGCGUGGGAGAAAAAGUGCCUCAUUAAAGAUCAUCAGCCUAUGUUACAUGUGUGGAUAAAUAAUCUCACAGGUUGAGACAACAAAAUGUUGGAGGAUGUUCCUGGUACAGUGAUUCAUGCCCAUGGGAGAGCCUUGUGCUCAAAGCUAAGAUACGGAAGGAGCAUACUUAUACCACCCAGAGCAAUAAAACGGGUGGGGAACCUGUGGCCUGCCACGUGUUGUUGGCAUCCAACUCCCAUCAUCCCUGACCAUUGGCCAUGUUGGCUGGGGCUUAUGGGAAUUGUAGUACAAAGCACCAGGUUGGUGACAGCUGGUCUAAGCAGCUUGCGGUAAUUUUUUAUACAGUACCCCCAUCUUGCAGUAGUGUAGCACAGCUUCAGACCCAGCUUUCUCCAUUCCUUGUGCUGCCCAUGCAUACAUUUCUUUAAACACACACACACGCUGAAUUUGUAAAGUAAAAAUAAAAUAUGAAACAAACAGGAACAAACAUAGUACACUAACCAAAACAAAACAUGGACCCAUAAACUCUGGUAUUGCAAUGAAAACAAGAGAGUUGGAAAGCAUUUUACAGAUUCACAGAAACACAUGUGCUGCUCUUGCCGUGGCAUUUCUAGUUUUCAAGCCAGAAACCAGUAAAUGCUUGGGAAUUGUAUUCAGCCACGUAGACUUUUGAGAGGCAGGCGGGAAAAUCUGACCACGUACAAUCAAAUAUACUUUUUCAGUUUGACUCCCCCCAAAAGUCUGGGUUUUUUCCUGUUACCCAUACACUUAUAAAAGCACAGGUGCAUGUAGAAAUGGCUGAUACUUUUUUAUGCUUGCUCUAUGUUGUGUUUUUAUUUAUGUAUUUGUUAAGAUGUAAGCCCAACAGUGGGGAGUGUUGUUUUAAUUUCAUGUAAGCUGCUCUGGGAACCUUUCUGACAAGGAAAGGGUACAAAUGCUACAAAUAAAUAAAUAGCGCUGGAGAAAUGACUGAAGCGGGGGGGGGGGGCGGCUAAGGUUGGAGCCAAGAUAUGUGACUUUCUUGAUUGAUGAUUUUUUCCCCCCAGGAUGAUUUGAGGAAAGAAGACUUUAGCAGUAUGAGUGCUCAGCUAUUGUAUAAAAUGAUCAAAUCCAAAACAGAGUUUCCUUUGCACAAAGCUAUUAAAGUGGAGAGAGAAGACGUCGUUUUCCUGUAUCUUAUUGAAAUGGAUUCGCAGGUAGGUAGAGAUCCUCCCCUAAAUCUGCACUAGGAUAGAAUUUUGGAGAUAUCUCUCAAUAUGCUCAUUACUACAAAGUCAGUUCCCUCUGCCUCUUAAGAAAGCAGAAUAGACUUUAGCAUCUGAAAUGAGUUUUUAAAAACAAACACCUUCCCUAGUUUGCAAUUACAGUUCUCUCCCCCCCCCUUAAUAUCACUAAGAAAACCUUUCUCUUCGAAAUGAUUGUUGCUUCCCCCACAACCUCCACUGUCUUUUUUUUUAACUGUCCGUAAGCCUGCCUUACGUUUGAACCAUUGUUCUAUUUAGUCCAGGUCGGCCUUAGUUCUUGAGCCUGGGAUUUGCGUCAUGCUUUGUCACUGAGCAUGGCCUCUCCUAAGCUUCUCUGCUGCCCUGCGUGGCUCCUUAGUGAGCGGCGUUAAAUGUAGAAUAAACACCAGAAUCUUCAUUUUUUUAAUCUGCUGCUUUUGCUAUCACGCUGUGCGGUGCCCGACUUCUAAUCCCGUUUCCCCGCAGCUGCCUGGGAAGCUAAACGAAGUAGAUCACAACGGAGAUCUUGCUUUAGAUCUGGCACUUUCUCGAAGACUGGAAAGCAUUGCAACCACCCUGGUUAAUCACAAGGCAGAUGUGGACAUGGUGGACAAGAAAGGCUGGAGCUUGCUGCAUAAAGCUAUUCAGAGGGGUAAGAAUAAACUGUGUUUGGAAAAUAUAUAGUUCACUUUCCAGCUAAGAAUUCGUUCUGUACAUUCCUGGCAAAAAACCCCUCAUGGAAUCAUAGAGUUGGCAGGGACCUAGAGGGUCACCUAAUCCAAUCCCCUGUAAUGCAGGAAUCUCAGAUUUCAUAGGUGCUAGCAUUUAAAUUUGUAGAUCGGGGUAGGGAACCUCGGGCCCCCUGGAGCCAGAUGCUGGCCUCCAGGUCUCUCUUGUCAUCAGUAAACGAAUGGAUAGAGGAUAUGUACAAACUUGCAACACACGAACAAGUCCCCUACAAACGUCGGCUUGCCAUGGCAAAUUUAAUGAUAUUUGGAAUUCAUUUUUAUAAACACUGUGUUAGGUUAAGUUUAGGUUAACUACAAUAACAAUCAUGUAGUGUUUAUAGUUUUUGUUUUUUACACGGGUGUUGUUUUUCUAUUCGCAUCUUAUUUUACCUUGCACACUUGAAAUUGUAUACUUCCUGUAUUUCACUAAAGAAUAUAUAUUUUAUACACACACACACAAACACACACACACACACACACACACACACACACACACAAAAAUCAUCAUUAAAACAACCACCUUAUAUAAAACACUAUGAACAAAACAUCUUAAAAAAUAGACUGAACAGCACAACCGCAAGAAAAGUCAUAAAAUUCACAAAGCAUUGCAGCACUUGUAAUCCACAAAACAAUAUUAGCAACAUUAACAAACAACCAAAAACUAACCAAGGACGUCUUCCCAGCAAAUUCCUCCACCCACCUGUUUUUCAUGUCCACAGCAAACAGUAGGUUGUGUGUAAGCAUGUACAGUGGUACCUCGGGUUAAGAACUUAAUUCGUUCUGGAGGUCUGUUCUUAACCUGAAACUGUUCUUAACCUGAAGCCCCACUUUAGCUAAUGGGGCCUACUGCAGCGCCGCCUGCACCAUUUCUGUUCUCAUCCUGAAGCAAAGUUCUUAACCCAAGGUAAUAUUUCUGGGUUAGCAGAGUCUGUAACCUGAAGCGUGUGUAACUUGAAGCGUAUGUGACCCGAGGUACCACUGUAUCUCCAACUUGAGAGAAAGAUCUCUAGAGACUAGAAAUGUCUUCUAUUCUGGGCCAUCUUGCAUGAUCAAGUUAGAGAGUCGUUGAACUGAUGUUGGACAUUACACAGCAGAUUAACUUAGCUUUAGAAAAAACCUCCAAAAGUCUGGCAAAGCAUGUGGUGUGUUUGGUGGUUCUGAAGUUUUCAGUGCAAGAAAAGGGAUCCUUUUGAGGAUUCAUACAGUUAGACAGGAAUUGGUUGCCAUGGCAGUGAUAUGCAGAGAGCAAAGGAACAGAGCAGUAGCAUCUUGAAUUACAUCUUCCUCUGGCAAGAGAAAGUGGGGCUUGUUGCCUGCCCUUCUUUAUUAGCAAUUCAAGCCGAUGGCCAGCAAUUUCUGUUCUUCCCUUGGGCUAACUACUUGUAGAAAAUAAACUUCAUCUAAAUGUAUAAUAGGAAAAUUAUAGUCCUCUGCAAGGUAUGAGUAACCCUUGAAGAUAAACUUCUUUCCAUAUCACUUAAUACCAGCUGUAGUCAAGAUCAGAGGGUUUUUGGUUGGCUAGCCAAAAUCUAUGUUCACCCUUAAUGGUGUCGUCCCGUCCGACCCCCCCGCCCCCGGAAUUGGCUGUGAUGAGCCUGCAAGGAGUAUCAACUUUGUGUGGUAGUGGAAGCAAACCUUUCCCCUCCAUUCCCAGCCCUGAGCUGAGCAGCUAGAGGGACUUGUCCAUGGUGCUUUGAGCUUCAGAGUGUCUCUGAAAGCAGCAGGACGCUUUCCUUCAUUCUGAGAAUUAGUUUGAGGUUUGGGAGAACCUCUAUAACUCCUCCCAGUUCAGGAGAAGGGCAAGGUAUUUCACCAGAAUUGUAAAAACCCCUUGGUCCCUACUUACAAAACUGCAGGUUAAGGGCCUCCGACGUUGCAGGAGAUUUCUUUUGAAAUUGGAAUACAACUGGCAACAGUCUACCUUGUCAACAGUUGAAAAUGCUCCACUGUACGGAUCUUGCAAGCUCUUUAAACAACGUCACUUCAUUUGGUUCAGAUCCUCUGUUAAUGGCAGAAGCGCAAUUGCAAAAUGCAAAAAAUGUUAAGGAAAUCUUUGGAUCUCCCUUCACUGUGCUGGAAUGGGUGUUCUGUGCUCCCCAGCACCGCUUCCAGUUACAGGCAGCUUGCUUGUGAAAAGCAGCAGAAUGGUGUGGGGGCCAUUUUUUGGUGGCAUGGUGAACGCGUUGCCAUCACUUAAUGCCUGUGCUGGAUAUGUGCUGAUGGGUGGCUGUGAUGCUUACUCAGCAGAAGCAAGCAAGGGUCUCCAUGAUUGGAAGAUGCAUCGCACUGCAGCACUUAAUGGGAAAGUUCAGAUGUACAACUGGUGCCUGUUGAGCCCUUGUGAUCCUCAUGCACCUGCAACACCAUCUCCCUCCUUCCUAUCCUUUUUACCCCAUCCCAUCCUUUCUUGGCCAUUCCAUGGGCUGUUUGUGGAACCUGCACAGGCUGCGCUUCCUCCAUAACAGCAAAAUCCAGAAAUAGGACUGCUACUUUCCCAGGGCCACCAUUUCUGGUGUUUCCUCAUUUAGGACAUAAGCACUAAACUGUAUGUGAAUUGACAUGUCAUGUGAAUGCAUCAGAAGUUUUAAAAUUUAUUUUUAAAAUCUGUUUUUAUAUAUGGUUCCUGGUGGUCUCCCAUUUAAGAGACCGACCUGGUCCAGGCCUACUUAGUCUUAGCUGUGUUGCAACCUCAGAUACUCCCAAAUAUGCCUGCUUCUCAACUCUGUUUUAAACAGCUUAUUUUCCAUUAUUCUCCCCAUCCAGACACAUAGGGAAAGCAGUCACUUAGAAGAGAGAGGCAUCCAACAACUUUUUUGUGUGUCCUCCCUGUGUCACUUGUAUUUCCUUCAGAACAAACACAGUGAGCCAAACAAGUAGCCCAGGCGCUUGCUGAAUAAUCUUGCUUUAUCUUCUUAUGUGAGUGUGCUGUGGUGAUGAGAGUGUUGGACUAGGAUUUUGGAUUCCAGGCUUCAAAUUCCCACUUGGCCAUGAAGCUAACUGGGUGACCUUGGGCCAGUCACUGCCUCUUAGCCUAGCCUACCUCACAGGGUUGUUGUAGGGAUGAAAUGGGGCAGGGAGAAGCCACCUUGAGCUCAUAAUGUUAAUAAUACACCCAAAAUAGAGACCACUGAUCCUCUUUCCAUCAAAAGCCCUGCAUCUGGGUCUUUUUUAAUUUUUUAACAAACCUAUUCCUUUUCUACAGAUACAAGGAAUAUUCUGCCGUUUACACUUUUCUGACUGAUCUGGCAAAUGGGAAAGGAUUGUUAGGGAGGGUUUCUUUGGAGCGAGUGCUUUUUAAAAAUCCUGCUACCUGACUUCUGCUCUUUCCUUGUCAUUCCCCAAAGGAGAUAAAUUUGCUGCUAGCUUCCUCGUUAAAAACGGUGCCCGGGUGAAUGCUGCAACCUUGGGAGACCAGGAGACUCCCUUGCACCUCGUGGCCUCCUACAGCCCCAAGAAACACAAGCCGGACAUCAUGGCAGAGAUGGCACAGAUUGCAGAGUCCCUCUUGAAGGCAGGAGCCAAUCCAAACAUGCAGGACAGCAAAGGAAGGUGACUGUUGGGUGGCAUUGUGCUUGUAUGUUUCCUUGACCUAUUGCUUGAAAUGUUGAUCUGGACAUCUGAAGAUGCUUUAUGCAGAAUUGGAAAAAUUGGUCCAUCAAACCCUUGUACCCUAGGACCCACAUACCUAUGGGACCGCCUCUCCUGGUAUGCCCUGUGGAGGACCUUAAGAUCCACAAAUAACAGCACUUUGGAGGUCCCAAGCCUCAAGGAAGUUAGAUUGGUUUCAACUAGGGCCAGGGCCUUUUCAGCACCGGCCCUGACAUGGUGGAACACUCUGUCGCAAGAGACUAGGGCCCUGCGGGACUUGACAUCUUUCCACAGGGCCUGCAAGACAGGGCUGUUCCGCCUGGCCUUUUUGGGAGUCGGUCUGACCCUUAUGUUUCCCUCCUCUUAUGGUCUUGAUUUAUCAGCUACUUUAAAAUGAGGCUGCAUUUUAAAUUGCAUUUUAACCUGUAUUUUAAAUUGUGGGGUUUUUUUUCUUUUCUCCCCCCCCCCCUUUCCCCCCUGUUAUAUUUUUACUGUGAUUUUAUUGGUGUUAGCCGCCCUGAGCCCGGCUCUGGCCGGGGAGGGCGGAAUAUAUAUAAAAUUUAUUGUUGUUGUUGUUGUAUUGCUUAUUUUGGCUGGCAGAGGUACCAAUGAUAGAAACUGCAACCUUUGCAUGUAAAAGCAUGUAUGUUAUUGAUGGGAUUCCGGUGCCAGGGUAAAACGUAUCUGUUAUCCCGGGCAUCUGGUGACUGAAAUUUGGGCUGUUCGAUGUCUUAGAAGGUGUUGAACCAGCGGGCGGGGAGAGAUGCCAGGUGACCUGGCGGUGGUAAUUCAGGUCCAUCCAUAGGAAGUGGAGCAGGGUUAGAAACACCGGGGUCCUGAGACUCAGGAACCAAGAGGACAAAAACUUUUUAAAAAGAAUUGGAAAAAUUUAUAAUUUAUUUAGGAGACCACUGCAAGCAGAUCAAAACCUUAACAGGAUUUGAAACUCACUUGUAAUGUAACAAAUACUAUGGAUAUUAUGGAUUGAUUUAAAAUAUAGAAUAUGGAAUAAUACGCAGUUGUAAAUGCUGACAGUAGGACCCAUGGAAAGGAUGGGGCAGGAAGUCUCAAGAUUCAGAGUAAUCUCUAUAUGGAUAUGCAUUUGGAAUGUUAUAAAUUUAUAUUUGUAAAAUCAAGUAAAAAGAUUUCAAAAAAUAAAUAAAUAUCUGCACCCCGUUAAGUCUGUUACUGAAAAUAGGUGAAACCUGUUGACGGGUACAGAAGUAAAUCUAAAACCGACUGCCUGAAUGCUCAGUAAUAGCUGUUAAUAAUUAAAAUGGAUGUUGGUCUCCCGGUGUAAAUAAGACAAGCAGGUAGAGCCAGUUGAGGGAGGAGUCUAGUGUCACGUGCUCCAAGAAGUUGCCGACUUACAAAAGAGAUCUUGCUCCUUGACCUUUGGAAGACCUUGUGCCCUAAUUCAGCUGACCCCUUUCUCUCUCUCUCUCUCUCUCUCUCUCUCUCUCUGCACCCCCAGGACUCCACUGCAUGCCUCCAUCGUUGUGAGAAAUGACCCAGUAUUCAGCCAGCUGCUCCAGUGCAAGCAGUAAGUCUGUGCAAACUGGAUUAAUACAAUUAUCUAUCUGGAUGGUGCUCUUAAUAGAAGAAACCAUGUCCUUGUCAAGUUUUGGGUACUUUAGGAGACUGUCUGGAAACGAUGGACUUUUCUUGAAUUUCAGGCAGAGUUUUCCUAAAGGCUGCUCUUCCCUUCGUAGCCGGCAACUUGCCUUGCAGUUCUUGUCUGUGGAAUUGUGUGUUUCUUAUCACCGUUCUGUUUUGCAGCGGACACUUGGGUGGGUCUUCUCGAUAGGGCAGGGAGGUGGCUGGAACGGUGAGCUUGGGGAAGUGGCUCAGUGGUGGCAGAACGGAAGUGUUUCUGUACUAAAAGGUCUCGGAUGAUUCAAAUCCAAGUUGCAAAACCUCCCAGUAAAUGAAAAGCUGCCAGUGAGAAUGGGCAGGUGUCAAUCAGGAGAAAAAGAAUGCUAGUUGACUUGGUAGGGAGAAAAUACAAAAAUUGGAUGUUGAAGGCACAAUAAACAGACAGGUGAAAUCUGGUGAACUGGCCAGUGUUAGAAAGCCUUGAUUUGUGUCUCCUGAGAACAAAGUCCCGACUUGAAAUUGUUUGUGGGGCAUAAUCGGAUGUUGUUGUCGUUGCCAGGCUCGAUUUGGAACUGAAGGAUCAUGAAGGAAGCACUGCUUUGUGGCUUGCUGUUCAGUAUAUCACGGUGUCUUCUGACCCGUCCGUCAACCCCUUUGAGGAUGUCCUGGUGGAAAACGGCACUUCCUUUGAUGAGAACAGCUUUGCGGCCAGGCUCAUCCAGCGGGGCAGCAAUACGGACGCUCCCGACACAGCAACCGGUGAGAGAAAUUGUGUCGUCCCAGUAACUCAGUCCCUAAAGAAGGCAAUUGAGAAAUCAGAUAGAAGACAAGCCAAAGGAAGAAAGAGGCAACAGCAGAGCUGAAACUUUAAAGCGAGCAACCUUUUGGUUUGCUUUAGCACAGAGGGCACUGAAAAGAGGGUGCAGUGGGAGGGGGGUGUGGCCUGCAUGUUUCAGAUAGCUAAUUUUUUUGUGAAUUGAGCAAAAAGACACUGGAGUCUCUUGAGGAAAUAAAAUUCCAGCUGUUGUACAUCAGGGGAGGACAAAUCAAAAGGGCCUUGAGUAGCACUGCCCCAGUUGUGAAAGGCCCUCUUUCUGGAGGCAUGGGUGUUUGGGGGUUCAUGGUUUGAUGGGAAUUUACUUGGGUUUGUUUUUCUUCUAGUUUUUGGUGGCGAUGGUUAGAUUUAAGUGAGUUUUAUGUUAUGGGACUGAUUUUGAGGUUUUAUUGUUGGUAUUGCUGAUAUAGUAUGGUUUUUAUACUGUGGCUUUAUUAUUGAUGUUGCUGGUGUUUUCCUGUUACCUUAAUUGUGUUCUGUGAUUUGUAAUAAUGUGUGUAUGUGAGAGAGAGAGGGAGAGAGAAUCGUUUUGAGGUCACUUGUGACAAAAAGUGGGCGCUGUGGGUUAAACCACAGAGCCUAGGACUUGUCAAUCAGAAGGUCUGCGGUUCGAAUCCCCGCGACGGGGUGAGCUCCCGUUGCUCUGCCCCAGCUCCUGCCAACCUAGCAGUUCGAAAGCACGCCAAAGUGCAAGUAGAUAAAUAGGUACCGCUCCAGCGGGAAGGUAAACGGCGUUUCCAUGCGCUGCUCUGGUUCGCCAGAAGCGGCUCAGUCAUGCUGGCCACAUGACCCGGAAGCUGUACGCCGGCUCCCUCGGCCAAUAAAGUGAGAUGAGCACUGCAACCCCAGAGUCGGUCACGUCAGGACCUAAUGGUCAGGGUCCCUUUACCUUUUAAGCACACUUAAUAAUAAAGAAGUCAGUAAUAAGCCACGUCAGUUCAGUUGUGUCCUGCCCUCCAGUGUCCUGGCUUAGAAUGCAAGAUGACGGCUGGAAUUUCGGCUCCUGUUCUAACUGUGUUCUAACUUUUUCUUUUUCUCUCCCCCACCCGUGUGGCUGGCUGCCUGUAGGAAACUGCUUGCUGCAAAGAGCAGCAGGGGCAGAAAACGAGGCUGCCGCUCUGUUCCUGGCAACUCAUGGGGCCAAAGUUAACCACCGAAAUAAAGCGGUAGGUGAAGAGAAGGGAAUGUCGAAUGAAAUAGAAUUCUGCUCAGACACUCCAUAUAUCUGUUUGGUGCAUGGAGGGAAAUUAACAGCAAGCCCCUAACUGCUUACUGUAGAGUGCAAGUAUUAAAAUGCAGAUAGUUUGGACCAUUUCUCAUUUUACUGUGAUGAGAUGGAGAAAGGGCGUGUGUGUGUUAGGCCUGGGCGAUGUAUCAAUUCAUCGCCCAGGGCCAGUUUGAAGGCUGGAGUGCAAUGGCACCUUCACCGGGCAGUAUAUCGCGGGUGGGGCUUGCUGCACCUGACUCUGCCACAAGUGGCCGACUCACGGAGGGAGGAACAAGCUGCAUUAGCCCUGGCCCCAUGGGGUGUCAGGGUGAAACCGCUGCCGAUCCUGCCAAGGGAGUUCCACCCCAGUGCCUUGUGGGGCCGGGGCCAAUGCAGCUUGUUCCUCCCUCUGUUUUUCAACAUUGGGAUGUAUUGCUAUAUCUCAAUGUUUGGCCAAGGGACGCGGGUGGCGCUGUGGGUUAAACCACAGAGCCUAGGACUUGCCGAUCAGAAGGUCGGCAGUUCAAAUCCCUGCAACGGGGUGAGCUCUCGUUGCUCGGUCCCUGCUCCUGCCAACCUAGCAGAAAGCACAUCAAAGUGCAAGUAGAUAAAUAGGUACCGCUCCAGCAGGAAGGUAAACGGCGUUUCCGUGCGCUGCUCUGGUUCGCCAGAAGCGGCUUAGUCAUGCUGGCCACAUGACCCGGAAGCUGUCUGUGGACAAACGCCGGCUCCCUCGGCCAGUAAAGCGAGAUGAGCGCCGCAACCCCAGAGUCGGUCACGACUGGACCUAAUGGUCAGGGGUCCCUUUACCUUCACCUAAUGUUUGGCCGGUGAUACAUUUCAAUGUUGAAAAGCUGACAUCGUCCAGCCGUAGUGAAGGAGCAGCUGCUCCCCUGUUUUAUUUCCUCUUCCCUCCCCAUUCUUUUUUCCUUUUAUAUUGCGUCUCUUAGAUUGAGAACCUGCAGGCAGCCCUUUCUUCUAGCAUAUGUACACUGCUUAGAAAAUUGAGGAGCCACAAAUGUGUUGACAGUUGUUUGUCGCGCACUGAGCUCUGUGGGAGCUGCUUUUGAAGUCCAAUUCAUGAGUCUUUUCUCUCCCUCUUGAAAUCGAUUGUCUUUUUUAAGUUUUUCAAAUUCUCCUUUCCAUAAAGGGAGAGACCCCGCUGCACACAGCUUGCCGGCACGGCCUAGCCAACCUCACGGCAGAGUUGCUGCAGCAAGGAGCAAAUCCUAAUAUCCAGACGGAGAAAGCCGUGCCUGCCCAGAAGGGGACAGCGGCGCCCAGCACGGCAGAUAACGUCAGCCUGCAAACUCCUCUUCACAUGGCAAUAGCUUACAACCACCCGGAUGUGGUGUCCGUCAUACUGGAGCAAAAAGGUAAGCCUUCUGUGGGGAGCUGCCCGUCGGGAGGGGAUAGAACUGGAGGGAAUAGGAGCUGAAAAGCGGAUAAAUGAACCAUCAAAAAGAGUCUGUUGGAUCAGGCCAGUGGUCCAUCUAGUUCAGUGGUGAACCAGAUUCAGCUAUGGGAAACCCACAAGUAGGACUCUCAAGCACAAGGGCACUCUCCCCACAUCCCAUUGGCUUCCAUCAACUGGCAUUCAGAGUCAUUACUGCCUCCAACUACAGAAGGGUAAACUACUGAGCCCAGAACUCUUCUAGGGGUGGGUGGAAAAUGUUCUUUAAAGGUAUAAUGCGUAUGCAGCCCGGUAUCUUUGAAGCAAACAGGAUUGACUUCAGGCUUAAAAGAGAAUUAAUGGUUUUCUCUUCUAGCAAAUGCUCUUCAUGCUACCAACAAUCUGCAGAUCAUUCCUGACUUCAGUCUCAAGGACUCCAGAGACCAAACAGUCCUGGGAUUAGCCUUAUGGACAGGUAAGCGCCCAAAGAUGGAUGGUCUGAAAUUUUAGGAGCUCGUGGGCAGAGAUGGCCUCACCUCCAAUAAAUAAUAGAAGAAACCUUUUUUAAAAAAAGGAAAAAUAAGGAUUGUAUUCAACCAGCAGUUGACGCUUUAAAAUUUCAUUGUGGUGACUGAUAAGCCCAUUGAUUUCGGUGGGUUUUCUCAGAGUGUAGUUGGAACCCUAAGGGAGCAAUCCAACCAGAGUUAAGCAUCUUUCAAUCCCACUGCUUUCAAAAGGGAGAGAGAUUUAAGUCUGUAUUCCACUUCUCCUAUUGAAAUCACUGGGACUUUAUAAAGUGCUAUGACUUUCCAUCCACUUGUCUGUAGUGGGUCUGGGGGAAAUAGAAAUAGAAAUACUUUACCACUGUACCACUUGUUUACAGUGAGAUUAAACGAGCCCCCCAUUCCACCCACAAUCUCUCAGUCCUUGUUAUACUCUGUGUGCUGUCAUACGACCACCUUGGAGCCUUUUUCAAAUAAGAGGGGAGGUGAACUGUUUAAUGCUGAGUAGCUAGUUGAUCCCGUCCCUCAUCCUGUGCAGGCCAUAUAUGCUCCACUUGUACAUCAUAGUACAGACGAUGGACUGCAAAUCCCAUCAUCCCUGCUCACUGGCUGUGGGGCUGGCGAGGGCUGAUUGGGGUUGGAAGUUCAAAGCCACAGGUUGGGCUUUCGUUUUUUUUAAAAACCAGCAUCUACUUACAUGCUGGAUUACCAAAGUAGGUGGCGGCGGCAGUGGAACCCUUCAUAGUUGUUCUCAUAAACAAAUCUGCUCUCCUGUUUCAACAUAGCACAAACUGACAGGCCUCCGACCGCAGGCAGCUAGAAAGCCGUGUUUGUCUGACAGAAGUGCAUCUGGCAGCGCAAUAUGUGAGCCCUUUAAUCUGGCAUAUUUGUACCUAAACAAAUUUUGUGCCUAAAGCUGCCGGGAGGAGUAAAGUUCAAACUCCAACUUGCCUGCAAAUCCCUGAAAACCUUAACCUCUCGCAGUAUCUUGACAAGAGAAAAAGGGGGAAUACAGCUGAAUUUACAUGGCUUCAUACUCCAACUAUGGGAGCACAGUCUCAGGCCUGCAGGCCAGGUCCUAGGACUGCAGUGUGAAGGUUCGUCUGUAUAGAGUAGCCUUCCCCAGAUGUUGAGUGCCACUUCUAAGCCUAUGGAAGUCACCAGGUUUGGGGAGUCCUAUUGUUAAAUACCAUAAUAUGUGAAGUGUCUCAGAGUAAGGAUUUGUUUAUUUUCGAGUGCUUCUGUCCCACUUUUCUAAAAGACAACGAAAGCUACGGAGAAUGCAUUUACACUCCACCUUCUUUUCAAGGAGCUCAAGGGUAGCAUACAUCAUUUCCCUUCCCCCUACCAUUUUAUCCUCAUAGCAACCCUGCAAAGUAGGUUAGGCUGAGAGCAACUGGCCCCCAGCGAGCUUCAUGACUGAUUGGGGAUUCGAACCCUGUUCUCUCAUGCCUUAUCUGACGGUCCAAAAUGGGAGGGGAGAGAGUGGGAGCUCUACAGGCAGUCAUGAGUUCCUUGAAGGAAAGAAAGGGCAGAAAUGUAACGGAUAAAUUGGACGUUUCUUUCCUCUCCCCGCCGGCAGGAAUGCACACUAUUGCUGCUCAGCUGCUUGGCUCUGGGGCCUCCAUCAAUGACACGAUGUCAGACGGGCAGACUCUGCUGCACAUGGCAAUACAGAGGCAGGACAGCAAGAGCGCCCUCUUCCUCCUGGAGCACCAGGCAGAUAUCAGCGUCAGGUAAUAAGGCCUUGGUUGUACUUGCAAAGUUGUGUGAGAGUCUUAGCACAGAGGCAGGCCCAGUGCCCCUGCAAGGCACACUCGGGCAAAUGAAUUGGCGCUGUCUUGGGCUGAGCAGGUUGCUUCUGCUCUUCCCACACCCCCUUGCCUCAGAGGGCAUCAGUGGGUUCUGCUGCAGGUUGACACCACAGAGAACCAAGGAUGAUAACAGAAAAUGCCACCUGAAUUAUCUUGGCACCAUAAGGAUGGGAUCUUCGUUUAUGUUCUAUUAUGGUUAUGAGACGGCAACUUGUUUCUGUAUGGUGCUUUUAAAAGAACCUCAAAGAAAAUAAGGGGUACCGCAGACUCACUUGUGCCCUAGCUGAUUAGUUCAGGGAUAAUGAAUCUUUGGCUCUUGAUAAAGGUUUAUCUUUCAGUACCAUUUUGAGACUUUGUCGUCUCUUUUGUUCUUUCUGCAAUUUUUUAAAUAGUACAGUGGUACCUCUAGUUGCGUUCACCUCUGGUUACGUAUCCUUUGGGAUACGUAUGCGGCAAACCCGGAAAUAUUUUCCCAGGUUUCGCUGCUCGUGCAUGCACAGAGGCGCUAAACCAUGCCAUGUGCAGAAGCAGCACCUUCGGUUGCAAAUUCCUUGGGAUGCAACCAGAGCUCUGGAACAGAUCCCGUUCGCAACCGGAGGUACCACUGUACUUCCCUCCCCCAGUCUGUCGGUGAUGCACCGCCUGUGGCUAUCUGCCUGCGUAUAGCACAAUGUGCUUGUUUGCAGGACUCAGGACGGUGAGACGGCCCUCCAGCUGGCCAUCAAAAACCAGCUCCCUCUUGUCGUCGAUGCGAUCUGCACCCGGGGAGCAGACAUGUCUGUGCCAGACGACAGAGGGAACCCUCCGCUCUGGCUCGCUCUGGAAAACAACCUGGAAGAUAUUGCUUCGACUCUGGUAAGAGCGGUGACUGCUGCAGCCUCUUUCUUUUUUCUUCUAUUAGACGUUGGAAUCCUUUUCACAGUCAUCAUCACUCUUCUCUAACCAAUCAACUUGGAAAUGUUUCUGUACAAAAUGCAUGCCAGGAUAAAGUGGAGGGGAGGCGUUGUUUUGUUCUUCAAGUCACUGGGCAUAAUGAAACUAGGGAGAAACUGAAAAGAAGGCUUUGCUGUGGGAGGUGAAAGCUAGGGAGAAGUCUGAGACGGAUCUGCAUUCCAAGCUUGGUUGUGGCUGGUGUUGAGAGCCACAGACCUUAUUUUCUCUCCCGCUCUCUUUAAUGCAUGAUGUUGCAUGACAGUGUUGCGAGCUGCUUCCCCCUUGCUCACAGACACUGCACUGGUUGCAGAAUCAAUGAAACAGCAGUUGGAUAUGGUUUGAGUAUCCCUGGGGCAGCCAUUCCCACCCUACUGUCCUCCAAAACAUGUGGAGCGCACCAGGUUGGGAAAGACUGGCCUAGAUGUUGUGAGUAGGAGAGAAGGAGGCAACAAGAGGCAGGGCUGUUGUAUUCAACUAUCAGCGACAACAGCUUGAGAGUAGCUGCCGCCUUCCAGGCGGAGCUUUUCCUGUAGCCUCCGUUCCACCAUGAGGGCUUUAAAAACAAGGUAUCCUCAGCAAGUUCUGCCAGUUGCAUGAUGCAUUCUUCUUUCACAUCCGAGUUCGUUCAGUGGUUUUUUAACAGGUUGCACUAUUUUGAGUGCAUUGUUAAAUUUAUAUUUUAAAAAAGAGGGUGGGGGAGUGUAACAUGUUUAAAGCAGGCAGAGUUCCUAAAACCAGAUAGAAAAAUGCUACACUUAAAGUCACGUCGGGACUCCAGUACAAUAUUGAGAAGGGCUGGUUGGUCGCACACUCUGCCAAAAUCCCUAAUAGCUUACUGGAGAGACUGAACGAACGCUGCUCAUUUAACAGGUUGAGCAGCCUACGCACCUUCAGUUUGCGUGCACAACUCUCCCACAGUUCUCAUGUUUUAGUUUUCAUGCAUGCACAGGAUUUUAAAGUCUCGUCACCAGUAUUCUGGAGCACCGUUCCUAUUGAAAUCAGGGAGGCUCCUACAAUUCUGAUACUCUGUCCCCUGCUGAAAACAUGUUUGUUGUCCAGGCAUUUUUUUGAGAAUUCCUUUGAUUCACUGCUGGUCAUCUUGUUCUGUAUUUUAUUAUUUUAUAAUUUCACUGUGUUUCAAUGGUUUUUAAUAAGAUAUUAUGGUCAUUUAUCUGCUGAAACCUCUUUGGGUGUGCAGAGUGAGCAGUGUUUAAACUAGUGGAUCUUAGAGAGUGGGCUUCUUGCAAUCACACACAGAGGUAGGUAAGAAAAUAAUAAAGCUGUAGGAAAAUAAUGUGAUUUGCAAGAGAAAAGUUUCUACUUCCAUACGAAUCUAUGCUUUCUCCUUGGUUCUCUCAGAGGAUAAUUAAAGAUGACCUCUCACCUUGAGGUCCAAACAAGAAAGGUAUAAGGAGGAGGAAAUUUUAAGUAGGAUGCAACCUGAGAAUAUCAGUCUCACCUAAAAGAGAUAGAGUUAGGGACCUCCAGAUUCCCAGACUAUCCCUGUAUCUUUAACCUUUAUCGGCCUUAGCCCAUGCAAACCCCAUUUUUUAGAUAAUUCAUUUUAUCCCCCUUCUGGUUGUUCUGUAUUUUACGAUUUUAUAAUUCUGUGGUGUGGAUAUUUCUACACACCACAAUGACUAUUUUUAAACGACUUCCAGGUUUAUAGAUAGAUACUCUUAUAAAUUAAACUAGAAUAACAAAGGCAAGCCACGUUGUUAAAAAGAGCUUCGGUAAUCAGUUGUCUUUAAUAGGCUCUUCAGCAAUGAACAGACUGUAGAAACAGAAGCCCUUGCUGCCACUAACUGCCUGCGUAAGAAAAGCAGAAAAAGAAGUGCCAAAUCAUUAACCUCAUCCCAGAAAUGGCUUACUCCUUCUCUUUUGUUGUUAAUAUCAUCUGCUUUAUAAUGUGCAUUAUUUUCAAGUCUGUUUUUUUUUUAUUCUUUUUAGUUCUAGUAAAAAAUAGCUGUAUUUUGCUGUACAAUAAGCUGUUUUCUAAAGGGGGGGGGGGAAUGACUGAAGAGCUUUGAUUUCUGUUGCCCUUCGGAAGCCAGUCUUUGUAUUUCUCCAUGUUGUUGUUGUUGAUUGAAUUUAUAUACCACCCUAUAUCCAGAGGUCUUGGGGUGGUCCACAGCACAAAAUCAAAAUCAAAUGUUUUAAAUUAAGAACCCAAACAUUAAGCACCACUGUGCUAUGUUCUCCCCUAAGCAUCUCUUCUCUGCCUGUAGGUGAGACACGGUUGCGAUGCAACGUGUUGGGGUCCAGGACCGGGAGGCUGCUCACAGACUCUGCUGCACAGGGCCAUCGAUGAGAACAGCGAACAGAUCUCCUGCUUCCUUAUCCGCAGGUGGGGAACAAACCUGUUGUCCAAACUUCUUGAGCCAACAGUUAAGGCUUUGUAAACCAGUAGGCCAUUGACUUGGUGGGAUACUGAAAACAACGUCUUUCCUUCUCCAUCAGCCAACCUGUUGGCAAGCCGCUGUGUGUGGACCCAAUGGGCCAAAAAUACUUUGGAAGGGGGUGCAGCUUAUGGGAGAUUGCCUUAUUUGUGUGCAGAAUGUCCCAGGCUAAAUCCCUUGGAUCUCCAAGGACUCUUCCUCCAUUGGGAUUUUUCAGCAGAGGUUGUGUGGCCAUUGCCAUGGAUGCUUUAGCUAAGAUUCCUGCAUGGCAGGGGGUUGGACUAGAUGACCCUUGGGGUCCCUUGCAGCUCUACAAUUCUAUGAGUCUGUGAUUCCAGGAAGGGCUGGGAAGGCCCCUGCCAGAAAUACAGUUUGUUGGUGUAAACAUGAACCAGUGCUUUGAUGCCAUAUAAGGCCAUUUUCUAUGUCCUCCUUUCCAUUAAUCUUUUACUCAAAACCUUGAGGACUGGAAACCUGCUCUCUUUUUAGGGAAAGGGCUUGGAAUGUGUCCUUUGCAUGCAGAAAGUGCUGUGUUCUGUCUCUACAUAGGACUGGGAAAGGACCCUUGACUGAAAUCCUAGAGCAGGAUUUCCCAAAUGUGGGUCCCCAGCUGGACUACAACUCCCAUCAUCCUUUUCUAACAGGACCAGCGGUCAGGGAUGAUGGGAACUGUAGUCCAAAAAAACCCAGCCAGAGACCCACAUUUGGGAAAUCCUGCAUUCGAGAGCUGCUGCCAGUCAUUGUAGGCAGCCCUGAGCUUUAGUAAUAAUAAUAAUAAUAAUAAUAAUUUUUAUUUAUACCCCGCCCUCCCCAGCCAUGGCCGGGCUCAGAGCGGCUAACAAGCAAUAAUAAAAACAAGUUGAAUGAAUACAACUUAAAAACAAGAUUAAAAUACAACAUUAAAAUAUUUAAAUAUUAAAAUGCAGCCUCAUCACAGGAGGAGAAAGGAAAAAGAAAGAGGGGGAGGGAAUCAAAUUGGCUCCAAGCCAAAGGCCAGGCAGAACAACUCUGUCUUACAGGCCCUGCGGAAAUAAAUCAGAUCCUGCAGGGCCCUGGUCUCAUGAGGCAGAGCGUUCCACCAGGCCAGAGCCAGUGUUGAAAAGGCCCUGGCUCUGAUUGAAGCCAGUCUAACUUCCUUAGGGCCUGGGACCACUAGGGUGUUGCUAUUUAUGGACCUUUAGCUGGCUUAUUGGUCCAGCUCUCUGCAAGGCAGCUUCCAGGGUUCUCUUGCCGUGCUUCCAGUUGUUGAGGCUGACGGUAGCACUGCUGCUUCCUUCCCAGCGGCUGUGACGUCAACAGCCCGAGGCAGCCAGGGGCCAACGGCGAGGGCGAUGAGGAAGCCCGCGAUGGACAGACGCCCUUGCACUUGGCGGCUUGUUGGGGCCUUGAAGAAACGGUGCAGUGCCUUCUAGAGUUUGGAGCCAACGUAAAUGCACAGGUACGAAACAGAAAAAGCCUCGUAGGCUUUUUCCUAUUUCUGCUGGCGGCUCCUUUCUUGCGCCACUGGUGUCCUCCCGACCUUUGUACGCGUUGCAUGCUUGUUUCACACUGCUGGCUAACCCAGCCUGUGCUUGUAGGAUGCAGAAGGCAGAACGCCCAUCCACGUUGCCAUUAUCAACCAGCACGGUGUCAUUAUCCAGCUGAUGAUCUCGCACCCGGAAAUCCAGCUCGGCAUACGGGACCGGCAAGGCAUGACCCCUUUCGCCUGCGCCAUGACGUACAAGAACAACAAGGCGGCAGAGGCGAUCCUGAAGCGGGAACCGGGAGCGGCCGAGCAGGUACAGGGGACCAAAGUGCACCCCCUCAUACAUGCUCUUGUGUCGUCAGCCCAGUGACUGAGGCAUCACGGUCACUGUCAGCGUGUCAUCUUAGGCCUGCACAGCAUCCAGGAUAGAGAGAGAAAGUGAAAACAAAACGAAAAAACUUUUAUUUUUUAAAAUGAGUUUAUUUUUGCAUUUUCAGGUUAACAAGCAACAACAAAGAAAACAAUUAAAAUAUAAUCAAUAAAUCCCCUUUGACUUCCCUCCUCCCCUUUUGCGGAUCCUUAUGCCAACAUUUUUCUCCUGCAUAUCCUCUCUAAACUUGAAUGUGCAUGUGUGGCAUCCAUAGACUGGGGAUGGGCAGCCUCUGGCCCUCAAAUGUGGCUGGAGUCUGACAUCUCUCAGCCCCAGGCAGCAUCUCCAAUGGUCAGAGAUGAUUAGAGAUACAAUUUAAGAACAUCUGGAGUGCAAGUGGUUCCCCAUCCCAGCUGUAAACUGCUGUUGUAAAAAAUAAGGAGCUGGCCAUUGGUUCGAGUCCUACCCUCCUGCUCUGGAGGAUAGAACUCAAACCAGUGGCUUCCAUUUACAAGAAAGGAGAGUCUGACUUAACGUCAGGAAGAACUUUCUGACAGUAAGAGCUGUUUGGCAGUGGAACAGUCUGACCCGGGAGGUUGUGGACUCUCCUUCCUUGGAGGUUUUUAGCAGAGGUUAGAUGGCCAUCUGUCAUGGAUGCUUUAGCUGAGAUUCCUGCGUUGCAGAGUGUUGGACUAGAUGACCCUUGGGUACCUUCCAACUGUGAUUCUAUGACAAAUCUUUCAAAUCAACCCACUGACCAAUUGGUAUUUUGCAGUUCUUGUUGAGAGCCGUGUGUGUCAGCAACCAACCUAAAACACACUGCAUCAAUCAAAUGCCUAAGAAAUCCCAAUCUUUUAUUUCUGUUCCCCUCCUGACAAGGAAAAAUCUGUAUGAAACCCACAAGGAACAGGGUAGUGACUGGCAAAUUUUCAAACUAGAAAACAUGUCUCAGGGUGUGUUAGAAACCAGGGGUGGUAUUCAACUAGGUUUCAUUCUAAGCAGAUGCGUUGAAAUUCACAAACGUGACUAAUUAUGGUUUUGCCACUGCCAUAGGUGGACAACAAAGGCCGGAAUUUCCUCCACGUGGCCGUUCAGAGUUCCGAUAUCGAGAGCGUGCUCUUCUUGAUCAGUGUCCAGGCAAACGUCAAUUCCAGGGUCCAGGAUGCCUCCAAGCUAACUCCGUUGCAUCUUGCCGUGCAGGCUGGCUCUGAAAUCAUUGUGCGUAACCUGGUACGUGUUGUGGAAGGUGGCGUCUGAAAUCUGCCAUUUUCAUCAUGGCUGGGGCAGGGGUGUAAGGAAGAAUGAAAUGCAUCCGAUUGUCCUAGGAACUUCUGUAAAAAGGUUCCAGGAGGUAACUGUCAACCGGUGUAGCAGCUGUUUGAGGACAGGAGUUAUAUUUUCAACCGGCCUGUAGGUGGCUGCCAUAUAUAAUCCACUAGAUUAGACCCUGAGAAACUCCUCCUUCCUUGUGUUCUCCUCACAACAGCUGCUUGCGGGCGCCAAAGUCAACGAGCUGAACAAGCACCGCCAGACAGCCCUCCAUCUCGCUGCCCAGCAAGACCUUCCCACCAUUUGCUCGGUUCUCCUGGAGAACGGAGUGGACUUUGCAGCUGUGGAUGAAAACGGGAACAACGGUAAACUCUGAUGUCCAAAGAUGGGUGGAUUUGAUCUUUCUUUGCUUGUUUCCUGGCAAAAUCAUUAGCUCCAGCUUGCUCCUCCCCCUUUCUCCUAGCUGUUGUAGGGAAAGGAUUUCCUGGGCCAGAACAGACACCUUGGUACUGUUGCAGAUCCUGUUCAGGAUUCUUUUGAGGCUGGGAGCAGCGUUUGUGGUGGCACUAUAGUGUUAUUUCCAGCCAGGCCUCCCUCAGCAGGGCCUAGAGUAGGAAUGGGGCCCUCCAGAUGUUGUUGGACUGUGACUCCUGCCAUCCUGUUCUGACUGGGACUGAUGGGAGCUGGAGCCUGGAGGCUGGCUGCUUCGUUGUCCGUGUUGUGUCUGCUGCAUUUGUGUAGGAGCAUCUAUAGCAAAUGGCAUCGGCUUCAGAACCGUUUCCUUAGUAUUUUAGCUUUCCUUGUAAAGGGGAACUGCCAAGUUUCUAGCUGCCAAGCUUGUGGAGGGAUGCUGGAAACGGGAAGGUGCUCUGUGCUUGCUGAAAUCUGAGAAGGUGGCCAGGAGUACCCAUAAGGAGCAGAAGUGAGGAUAAGCCAUAGAAUCGUAAAAAACUGUAGAGUUGGAAGGGACCCAAAGGGUCAUGGAGUCCUGCAAUGCAGGAUUCACAGCUAAAUAAAUGCAAGUAGGGCACAGUGCAGAAGAAACUAUGCAAUGCAAAACGAAUAUCAUGCUAAUCUGUAAAAUGCAUACAGGUUGCUUUAUUCCUGCUGGACUCUUUUUGUGUAGAGUCCUCUCUUUAAAAUGAUUCCUUGUAAAAAAAGCAAAACAAACAAACAAAAAACUACGGACAGUAUUAAACUAACCUGUCCUGCCAGCGCAAGGAUUACCACAGGAGGGAUUUACACCUCUCUAACCAUGUGCCCCUCAGAUCUGCUAUGGAGUGUUCAGGGAACCUCUAGAACAGAUUGGGAGGGGAGCAUGUGGGUGGGGAAACAUUCCAUUGCGCAAGGUGAAAUUCUUGCACAGAUGGAAAUCUGGCUUAAUGCAACCUGAUUUUUAUUUUUAUUUUUGCAUGAUUUGAAUGCAGCCUUUGGUUUUAAGUGGCAUGGAGAGGUGGCUACAGAUCUUCCCUUUCCCUUUGAUUCAUGCAUUCCAUCUCUCUCCCUUCUCAGCCCUGCACCUGGCAGUGAUGCAGGGACGUCUGACUAACAUCCGGGCCCUCCUGACAGAGUGCACUGUGGACGCAGAAGCUUUUAACCUCAGGUAAAUGUAACAGCCGCCUUUCCUGGGAAAAGGGACUGAGCAUCUCUGUACUAUUUUUUCUCUCAUUCAGUAGUGGGGGGCAGGCUUCUCCCCCCCCCCCCCCGCUUGCUUCAUUCAGGGGAAGGGCUGUGCAAUGGAUUGGAUUCCUUGGUAAUUUUGCAGUACAGUAUUGGCAGGAUGUUCUGUUCCCUCUCCUGGUCUUGUCUUGGAGCAGGACUUGGACCCAGCUACGUAAAUAUUUAUUUCGUUGCAACGGCAAGCACUAACAGUGGGCCAUAGGAGGUUUAGAAAGCUCCCCUUUUGCUCAAAAAGUACCACCCCAAAAACGUAACCCUGCUGUGGGGAGCAGAGGACUUCUUGCCCUGCGCCGUGGCUCUUUUUAUUAUUAUUAUUAUUAUUAUUAUUAUUAUUAUUAAAGAUUUUCUUGAUUUUCAAAAGUGUGUGCAAUGUCUCUCUCUUGUAUAUUUCCCCCCCUGUAACAUUUUUACAAGUCAGCUUCAUUUGUUGAGACAUUGGGAAUAAAAGGGGGAGAGAGGUGGAGGGGAAAGAUGAGUCAGGGUGGGGUCAGGUGGUGAUGUUUCUAUUUUGCUUACUAUACGUAGGGUUUGGUGUCAGCGUUGCUUGUGUAGGUUCUUUGCUGUUCACUUGUGUUCCUUUGGUGGUGAGAGUGGUUGGGGUUGGCCUAGGGUGUGGUUGUUCAUUUGUGAUUGGCUGUGUUGAACUUUGUUUUCAUGUGUGAGUGGUUUGGGUCUGCGCCGUGGCUUUGUCCUGCAUGACGUCGUCUCCGUCUCCUUGUCAGGGGUCAGUCCCCGAUGCACAUCCUGGGGCAAUACGGGAAGGACAAUGCGGCAGCCAUCUUUGACCUCUUCCUGGAAUGUAUGCCGGAGUAUCCUCUCGACAAGCCAGACGCUGAAGGGAACACCGGUAAGCCUCGGCCGAUGGGUUUGGCUAAAAAAGCCAUGCAACUGCCAUCAUCAAAGUAGCCUCUCAAAGUCCUUUUGCAUGUGUUUUGCUGUCCUGGACUAGCUGGAUGCAGAGGAGUAGUGGAAGGCGUCCCCAAGGGGAGAAGGCCCAGAGCCAGGGGUUUAGUGUUAGGACCAUGAUGAGUGGUCACAAGGAGCAGAGUGGAACAGACAGGGAGGAGGUGUCAGAAGGUCAAGAGGCAACAGGGCUUAGUGAGCAGGGAGAGGCUGUGGCAGAGAGCAGUCCAGAAGUGGAAGCUGGGGGUGGGGGAAGAGAGAAGAGGCAGAGAUGAAGCAGGCUGCAGAAGAAGCCAGGAGGUCUCCCCCUCCUGCUGUGACCAGUUCCAUCCCACUUGAUCUCCCAGAACCAGAAGAGGGAUGAAGAGGGCAGAGCAAACACAGACAAGGCGAAGAAGUCUCAAGUUUCAAGGGAAGGAUCUAGAAGGGGAGGAGCCUUAGAGAGUGGUGGGGACCUUGAGUCCUCACAACUGUCUCAUUGGGGCAAGACCUCCUGGGAAGAGUUGCCUAGCCUCCUGAGUUAACUUCACUGACACCAUGUGAUUUAUUGCCGACCUGCCUGCUCCUGGCACUUCCUGUGGAAUUUUGCUUGCCUAGGUGCAGGACAAUUGGCAGUUCCGGGACUGGCUAAGCAGAGACACGGACAAUGAAAUCUCUCUCUCUCUCUCUCUCUCUCUCUCUCUCUCUCUCUCUCUCUUCCCAGUGCUUCUCUUGGCCUACAUGAAGGGAAACGCCAACUUGUGCCGGGCCAUUGUGAGAGCCGGCGCUCGCCUGGGCGUCAACAACAACCAAGGCGUCAACAUCUUCAACUAUCAAGUUGCAACCAAACAGCUUCUCUUCCGGCUGCUGGGUAAGUGCCCUUGAGCCCUGCUGCUUCUUUGUCGUGCAGCAGGUGGGCUGUGUGUAGGGAAGAAGGAGGCCUUUAGGCAAGGCUUGCAGGGAGGGAGAGGCAGGAAGCCGCCUCAGUCUGAGGGCCACGUUAAGUUAGACCAAAUCUCUACUAGUGGGAUGAUCUACUAGUGAAAUAGGCAGUGGAAGACAGGAGUGCCUGGUGUGCUCUGGUCCAUGGGGUCACGAAGAGUCGGACACGACUAAACGACUAAACAACAACAACUAGUGAAAUUAUUUGAAAGAGGGCAACCUUACAGAGGCCACAUGCCAGGGGUGGGUAUGGCCAGAGGCAAAAGUGGGCGAGACAACAAAUGCAAGUUUUCCCUUUGCCUUGUAAACUAGUUUCCACACACACCCUUCUCUGUCCUCUCCGCCCAGGCAAGCAGAAGGCACAAUCAGAGCUCAAGCCCUUGAGGGGGCUGCAUAAAUGGAGUGAGAUGUCUAGUGUGUCGGGCAGGCAGCCGUACACGUGGCUGAAUUCUGGGCUUGGGUAGGUCACAAGCCAUGGUGGCAAAGCCUGGCAAGGAGCCUCUUGCAUUGAAUUCUUUCUUGCGCAGACAUGCUGUCCAAAGAACCCCCCUGGUGCGACGGCUCCAAUUGCUACGAAUGUAGCGCCAAGUUUGGGGUCACGACAAGGAAGCAUCACUGGUAAGGGGCGGCCUUUUCGGAUUGAUCACCACUUGGACGCAGCUUUGAUUUGUUUUGUAGGUAGUUCCGCUCAGAACCUGAAGGCAUAGUUCCCUCCAGAGGAGGUGAAAAGUCGCCUCUCACCUCUUUCUAGCCUGGGCCAGGGGGAAGGGGAGGAGAGGCAGAGAAGCCCAUUGGGGGAGGUUUCAGAGCUAGCACAGAACUGCUGUGCAAGGGCAGGGCAUGGGCAGUGUGGAAAGGACAAAGAGUUGUUCACUGAAGCACUGAGGUCUAUGCAGCAUGAGACAGUAGCGUGCUUGCUUUAGUGAUCUUGUGCACAGAAACAUGAAGACCGUGUGCCUUUGGUUGUGGUCCAAAACACAGGAUCCUCCCCAUAGUUCUCCCCCCCCCCAUCAUCCUAGCUCCGCACGCAGUGGGAGAGUGUUUUCAAUAUGGACCAUUUGGGGCAUGUGCUACCUAGCCAGGUAGCUUAACUCUGUAACUUUUAAUCCUGGUUUGGACCACCACCAAAGUGCCUGAAGCAGGUUGGAAGGCCAAGGAAGGAGAGUUCUUGGAGCUCUUAGGGGCUCUUCCCUCCUUCCUUCUCCUCUUGGGAUUUGGUAAGCCAAGGGUGGGGAGCUUGUGGCCAUGCCGAUGCUGUUGGUCUACAACUCUCAUGGUCUCUGACUGUUGGCCAUGGGAGGCAGAUGGGAGUAGGGAGUCUUAACCUGGAAGUCACCAGGUUCCCCCAUCCCUGUUGAUAGCACUGUAAUUAACUGAAGAGCUGCUUUCGAUGAAGGAACCGCAGAUUUUUAAAUUCUGGGCAGCCCAGUUCCCAUCCCAGGUCACAAGAUGCUUUAUGAAUCAGCAGGAGGCCUCCCCUUCAGAGAAAUGGCUCCCUUUGGCACUUGGGUCCAGGCAAGGGGUCUAUCUGCUAGGUGGGGCUCAGGACACAAUGCCAGCCUUCAGAGCAAGCACCUGAUAAAUGGUGGCAAAGGGGUACGAUCCCCUGAAGGCACAGCAACCCCCCUUCUCUUUCUAAACUUCCUCAGAAACUGGGAAGCAAAGGAGAGGUUUCUUGUUAAGCACAGCUAGGUAGAAAAGAGCACGGCUAAAAUUAUUCUUUCCUCUCUCGCAGCCGGCACUGCGGGCGCCUUCUCUGCCACAAGUGCUCAACCAAGGAGAUCCCCAUCAUCAAAUUCGACUUGAACAAGCCUGUCCGGGUCUGCAACAUCUGCUUUGACGUCUUGACUCUGGGCGGAGUUUCCUAGUUCCCUUGCGCAAAGGAGAGUGACUCCCAGGCCACACCCCUCCUUCCUCCUUGCAAACCGCCUAUCGCAGGGAUGUGGGUUGCAGGGGGUGGGGCACCUAUUUUGUCUUCCUGUUAACGGCCGAAACUGAUUGACUUAAGGGACCACGCAAACACUAUAUUCCAGUAUAAAUGGGUUUUGUACGAAUGUUAACGCUAGAAAACUGGAUCGGGAACAACUUGGAACUCUUGCAAAGUUGGUGCGAGAACAAAUGUGAACUGAGUGAGAGGCCCUCUCCUUACUCUGGCGCGGGGCAGAGAAAAUGAAAAUUUUGCAUUUGUGGAUCAUGUAACAUAGCAGGCCUGUGCAAAUGGCUGCCGAGCUGUGAGCAGGGCUGCUUCGAAGCCCAAUCACACUGUGGGGUGCGGGAGGGGUGGGUGUUUGAAUAUUGUGAGCACUUAACAAAUUCCUGGGUAACUCUGUGUGAUGACCAGCCCCUCUUGUUACCUUCCUGGAGAGAAGGUUCUGGUUCCCUCGCUGGCUUUUGUCCUAAAAUGGGCAACUGUGCUAUGCACAGUGAGUGUUCCCUCCCAGAAGCAGCUGCUGUCUUCAAAACAGGGUUUUGUCGUUUAAAUGCAUUUGCUGAAGAAUUCCUUUGUGUGGCCUUACGACAGAAGCUUUACACUUUCUCCUGCUUGAACAGGAGCUGCAACGGCAGCUUCCGUGCUGUCAGAACGUUGAUAUCUUCCCUUCCCAAUCUGCUCUCUUCCAUGUUAAAAAUAAAGAUUAAAAAAUAGGCAGCAGCAGGAGGAGGACAGACAGACAGAAAGAGAAAGCGAGCUUCGUUACCAAAUUAAAGGCUCCUGGAAGGGAGGAAAAGCUGCUGGCUGGCCCUUUCAGCACAUAUCGAUAACUUUGCAAAUAGUCAUAUGUUUACAGCAGUUUUCGCCAAGCUGGUGCCCGCCAGAUGUUCUGGGCUCCCAUCAGCCCCAGCCAACACGAGUCCAGAUCAUCCGAAGGGCAGCAGUUGGGCAAAGGCUGGUUUACAGCGAUGUUGGAAGGAAGGUCCAGCGGUUUGGACUAGUACGGCGUUGGGAAACACAGUGUAGGAGCUAGCACAGAGCAUCUGGAUUUGGCUAGUUGCUUUGAUGGAUGGGGUGGGACAAGGCAGGAGUGACAGUAGCACAGAGCUUGAUGUGAGGGUGAUGAUCCAGUGGGAGCUGAUCGCAAAGGCAGCCGUGUCCUAGCUGCACCUCUGCUGACCACCCGGAGUUCCCAGCUGUUGUGGUUUUUCCCCCGAGGCCUUCUCCGUUUAAGAUGCUGUUAGUGACUUGGCCCUCUUGAGGAGCUCUGCAUCCAAGCUGCGCUUGCCGAGAUCACUUCAGGUCCAAUGCUAGGCCAAUAUCACCUGGCCUUAACUGGUUUUCUUUUUUUACACACACACACACAUUUUCUCCACGACGGCUAACUUUGUCCAUUGGGUCCGCUUCUUCCAAAGGAGCACAAGGGGGUCCCUGCGAAAGCAGGCCCUGACGCUGAAGAGGCUGUUUGGGUGCGACUCUGAUACAGCAAGCAAGAAGAUGCCCCACGUGCUCAGACGUAAAGCUCUUUGCCUUCUUAGAAACACAACAACGUCCUGGGAGGUGGACGUGGCAAAGUCUUCUGUCGCUGCUCCAGAACGAAUCGGUUGGGAUGCGUGUCUCUUAACCUUAGUAACCACUACUACUUUUUCAUUGUGUACAUAUAUAUAUAUAUAUAUAAGGGGGAGAGGAAAAUAUCAUUUAUAACGUCAGAUCUCAUUUUCUUUCUUCCCCUCUGCCCCCCCUUCUAGAAUACUAAUGUGUCAUCCCCUACUUAUAUAUGUUCAUGUGUAAAAAGACCUGAAAAACCACAGUGCUACUUUUUUAUAGGAAAUAACAGCUUUAUAUGUUCAGUAAAAUCCUGGGCUAUGUGCAGUAAAAGACAACUUUGGUGUGGGGAAUCUAUGAAGAUUGAUGCUAAAAACAAUACAUUUCAAAUGGGGUUAGCCCGUCUGACCUCUGUUGGGGGAAGAACUGGAACUCCGACCAUCUUCAAUUAUGUGUGGGUUUACUGUGUUUUCCACAAGAUCACUUUGUGGGGAGAAUUCCUGCUCGUCUCUGCUCUCCCCUUCCUGCCCCCAGCCCUCUGCUCCAAAAUAAUCUGUCUCAACACCUUCUUGACCUGCCUUUGUCUCUCUGCCCCUGAGGAAUAAGUCAUUUAGGAAGGGGUGCCCUUUUCACAAAAGGCUUGUUCCAGAGGAGCGCCGGGGAGGAAAAAAGAAGCAGUGGGACAGGAGCAUUUCACCUGGGAAUGGUCUCUUGACACGUCGGAUGGUGUCUCCAAGGCCAGUUUAACACUGCACAGGUGCCGGCGAUGGAGCUCGGUCAUGCACCAUGAAUCCGAUCCUCUCUUAAAAGUUCCCCUUUCUAGAUUCACAGGCAUUUCUCUGAACUGGCAUCAUGUGUGUGACUAACCCAAAAAAGCAGAGUAGCGCCCCUUCUGGGUUGUUAGCAUUUGAGCAAAUGAUCCACUGCAAAAGCUGCCCGUGCACACAGCCCCACAGCCUGGAAAUUGAGAAUGGGGGUGGUUCCAGGAUGGCAGUGCAUUUUUGGGUUCUAGGUGGACUUCGUCGGGUUGCACAAAACUAAUCACUGUAAAGCACUUUUAAUAAAAGUUUUUAAGCCUGAGUCUGCAUGACUGGCCCGAAGAUUGUGUUACCAGGGGAGAAAUCCACCAUAGCCUGUGAAUUGGCUGGAAGAGGCUGCAGCAGUAAUUAUUUUUCCUAGCCUAAGCCUCCUUGUUUCAAACUCCCUUGCAGGGAGAGAAAUGGAUCUUCAGAGGAUUCCAACGUCCACCAAAUCUCAUUCUGCUGUAGCUUGCACUAUCAUUUGAUCAGUUGACUUGCUGUGAAAUGGAACCCUAAAGAUUUUGCUGGGGCUUCUGAGUUUGCAAUUCUGAUCUGUAUUUCCCAGUUCAGCAAGUGAGGUGAACUUUUAUUACCCGUUCUUGUGGAAGACUUACUGGCCGCCUGUUACUCCCUGUCUUGGGACUUAAAAACACGAUCCCUGUUAAAUGUCUGUUUUGUGUUCUGAAGAUGCAUUAACAAAAAUGUGAGGAUUGUAUACAGCUGGGGCUGAGGAGUUCUAGGAGAGCUCCAAAUCGACUCCCAGCAGUAGGUCUAUGCCAGCCCCCCAGCUAGAGCAGGUGUUUGAAACUCGAGGGUAUCUGCACGGUUUGGGGGGCUGGCACUCCAGAAACAUUUCUAAUGUUCUGGUGAUAGCUGCCUCUUUGUUAGACAACUUGCUGAUUUUUCAGACCUACAAGGCUUUUUAGCUUCCCAUCUCGAGAAGGCAAAGUACAAGAUGCAACUCAAGAUGCAGGAAAUCCAAACUCCUUCCAAAGCAAUCCAUAAUGACCAAAGCAAACUUGGGUAGUGUGUGCAUUGAGGAUGCAGAAGGCAGAAUGCCUGUUCUUAGCUCCGUGUACCCAACAUCAGCCCAUGGCUGCUUUCCCUGUCCUCCUUUCCCUUCUGUUCUGCAUUUUAGGCAGAGGUGUUGAAUGUGACUGUGAACUCAGUAGAAGGAAAACCCUUCACUUUUGGUCAGUACCCUUCCAAGUUGUCUUUAAAAAAUAAAUUCUGCAACAGUAGAAGCUAUUGCCCGGUGCCUGAUCAUGGGGAACUUGCCUUUUUGUAAAGUAACUCAACUAACGUUGCUGAAAGAUGACUGUGAGAUGUCGCCAACACAAGAUGAAAUUCUGUCAAAGUCCCUUGGCUGCAGCUGCUGUGCUCCCUGGCUUUCUAUUGGGGAUGGGGAGGUGGGGAAGAGGCCCAGUUUUGGGCAACAAACCACCAUUCCUUUCUUCUAGAAGGUCUCUGUGAACUCCUCUGCUUUCAUCCUGCAAAGCUCAUCAUCGACUAGGCCAAAUGCAUUCUCUCUCCUCCCAGGUUUUUUGCACAAGGAAAAUGAGCAACGACAGGAAGUUCACUCUGCUCCUGAUAGCUAGUGGGCUGCAUCCUUCCUACAGGCCUGAUGUGAGUCUGGGUCAAACCAGGCUCAUGGGGCCUUAGAUGCUGCCUGUAUUGUCAUCUGUUGCCACAUUCCAAUGAAAUGUGCUUGUUUGGCAAACCCAGCCACGCUUAGUCAUGAGGCUGGCCUCCUGACCCUUAACCAGCAGGGAUCACCUGUGCAGGCCAACUCACACCUUACUUUCUUUUUUAGAAGGCAGAAAAUCCAUGGGGCUGCUGCUCAGGAUACCAUCCGAAACAUCACUUCUCUAAAACCUAUCUCACAAGUAGAGAUUUGGUCUAACUUAACAUUUUUGUUGUCUAGCAAGUUGCUUUAUUUAGCAGGAUAUUAAUCAAGGACUAGUUUUUGUCUUGGAAAAGGGUAACAGAAUGCAAUAGUGUUGCCUGGGAAAUAGGCAUGCAUUUCGAACUGAACAUUGAGGAAUCUUCCUCUGACCAACAUACAAACAGCAGUUGAGGUUUUAUACCAGUCUGCUGAACUCACUUCAGAGAGCAGGCAAGGGAAUGCUCCUUCAUAGACAAAAUAAAGUGCCCUAGUAAGGCAGGGAGGUUAAUUGUAGCCUAGCCUUAUUCCCAACUUGCUCACUUGCUCUGUACAGGGAUUUAUUUUUCUUUCAUAUAUAGGUCAGCAGUCUUAUCAUACAAGCCCAAAUCUGUCUGAAGUGGUACAGCACCCCUACCCACACCACAGGUUAACUGACCACUGCAACUGCAGUCCUGAGAACUGAGAGCCCUCAACUCUAGAAUGGACACUUCUAUGGUCUCCUUGUCCCUCCUGGAAGCUGCCUGGAGUUACUGCAGUAAACCAACACCUUUUGCAUGUGAGGAUAAUGGUUGGAGGUAACGGGCCUGGAUGGGCUGGCUAAGAAAGGAUAUGAGUCUUUGGGAAAUCACUGGUUUUUAUUAUUACUUUGCAACGUUUCCUCAAGUCUUUGUAAAGCUAUGUAUUUUUUCAAUAUUUAUAUGCCUGUGUAAUUUCUUGUAAUAAAGAAACCUAAUUGAAUCUGAUGGUAUGCAUGUGUUCAUUAGUUGCAGAAAUGCCACCUGGUGGAAGGAUUUAAUAGUGCUUAGGUUGCUUAUUUUUGUGUGAGGUUAAAAAGUACAUAAUUGAUCUGCACUGCCCUCCAGCAUGGCACAGGACAGCAAAUGAUCCUUGAGCUUCAAUUUCUAUUUUUUUUUUUUAUAAUAUAUUUAUUGAGAUUUUCCAAAUG